GCGGGUCUGUGUGGACUUCCUAUUGGUAUCAAAGGAGGACAUCGAACUGCUGAGUGAACGGAGACAUUUAACUUGGUAAAGUAAUUAACCAAUGGGCUAGGAAGGUGAAGCCAAUGAUGUUAGUGAAUGGGUUAAUGAAGGGGAUAAUGAAUGGGUCAGUGAAGGGGUGAUAAGGAGGUCAGUGAAUGGGUUAAUGGGGAGGUUAAUGAAUGGGUCAGUGAAGGGGUUAAUAAAGAGAUCUUUUAAGAGGUAAUGAGGGAAUUUAUGAGGACAUUAAUGAAGGGGUUAAUGAAGAGCAUGUGACUUUUAAGAGUGCCAGAGCAAUUCUACACAGCCGGGAAGAAAAUGGUUAAUUCUUUAAAGAAAUUCAGCUAAUGAGCUCCUGGUUUAUAGACAUUUGUAUGGGUAGUUUAUUUUUGUGAAGCAGUUGGAAAAAACUUUCUACCAUCCAUCCCCUGGCACGGCACCUUGAGUAGUUAUCAAUACAUAGUGAAGCAGUCCUAUGAUACAGCUUCAAAUGUUUUUGUGCCCAUGUAGAAGUCAGAUAUACAUUUUGUUUUGUUGUUGCUUUCUAAAUAUCAUCAAAUGUUCUAUUUUUGUAAUAAAAUAAAUUUAAAAAAAAUUUUUGUUUAGCAAACAUAUCUUUGUUAUUGUCAAAUUUAGAUUGUGGAUGAUGGGAGAGACACAUUGCACAGGGAUCCAGUGGCCAGGGGAUCUGCUGAGUCUGAACAGGAGGUGUUUAGGUGUUUUUAAGAAAUUUUUGAUCAGUGUAACCUUUACUGACCUGGUUUCCCACAACAACAAAAAAAUAGAUACAAAUAAUGCAAUAACUUACCUCCGUUCCAGCACAAAGGCCAAGUUUGCUCUGCAGCCUGACCCUCUUCUAGCUGAGGAGAGGACCAUGGUGGAGUGACCCCAAAUCCAUAACGUGCAUGCUGGUGACAGAUGUCUAGUAUGCACAAAUUUGAUAUUAGCCUGCUCUGAAUUCUUAAUGAUAUCCUAAUAAUGCUCUCAGAGGUGGAUUUACCCCUCUGCCAAGCAAAGGGCUAUAUCUCUGUAUGCGCAGCGUUUUCAAAGCCAGACCCUACCACACCAUACCUUGGUCACCAAAUGGGUUAUCCAACCCUCAUCCCACAGUAAGAUGUCAAAUAAUUUUAGCACAGUUUGAUAAGCCACGGCCCAGUUCUGUGCCCACACUCUACAGAGAUAGCAUGAUUGUUCUCAUUAGCCGAGAGUGAUUUACCACAUUGUCCACCAACUCCUGAGACAUUUUGGUAAAUCAGUGUUUCUAUUUUUCCAACUGUAAUGCGUAAUGUUCCCUGGCUGUAGAUGAAAUGAGCUGUAUUGUGAUAUCAAUUGGUAUUGUUUAAAGGGACACUAUAGCACCCAGAUAACUUCAACUCAUUAAAAGUAGUUUGGGUGCACUGUCCCCUUAAUCCUAUAGGUGCAACAUUGCAGUUUUAGUAAAACUGCAAUGUUUACAUUGCAGGGUUACGAAUACCUCUAGUGGCUGUCUACCAGACUGCAGGAUCUUCCAUAGAAAGACUGAGACUGGUCUCAGUAUAUCUUUUGAUAGGGAUGCAAUUUCAGUGAAAUUCCAGCAAAUCAGAGUAUUUCAUAAAGAUUCUAUCUUCAUUAAAUACUAAUUUUUGAUAUGGAAGUGACAGAGCUGCUUUAAGCCCUUAAGGACCAAACUUCUGGAAUAAAAGGGAAUCAUGACAUGUCACACAUGUCAUGUGUCCUUAAGGGGUUCUCUAGUGCCAGGAAAACAAACCCAUUUUCCUGGCACUGUAGAAUCCCUCCCCACCUGACGUUGCUGAAGAGGUUAAAACCCCUUCAGACACUUACCUGAAUCAAGCGCCGAUGUCCCUUGGCGCUGGGUCUGGCUCCUCCCCUGACCUAAUGCGUAUGCGCAGCAAUAGACGAGCUUGCAUUAGGAUCUCCCCAUGGGAAAGCGUUAUUCAAUGCUUUCCUAUGGGGAUUCUGACGACGCUGGAGGUCCCUCUAGUAGACAGCCACUAGAGGAGGAGUUUUAUAAAAACUGCAAUAAUUACACUUGCAGGGUUUAGGGUGAUGGGAGUUGGCACUCAGACCACUGCAAUGCGCUGAAGUGGUCUGGGUGCCUACAGUGUCCCUUUAAAUAAGGGAAUAUGUAGUGUGAAAAUGUGUAAUAGAUGUUUUCCCAACUUACCAUGGGAUAGCUGUAUGCCUCUCCUCCCUGCAUUCUCCACCAGCAUGCCCAUACUAGUCUCAUUCUUGCAGGCACUCUCACUGGUUGAAGACAUCCCCAUGAUGGCAGCUGGGGCUAGCCCUAGUGUUCAGCUCACCUAGAACUCAAUCAGGAGGAAAGGGAGUAGCCAGCCACAAGAUUGACAUAUAAGCCAGUUGUGUGGGCCUAUCACAGCUGAAUGGGCCUGCAGUUAAAUAUACCUACCAUUACAAUUAUAGACUGAUCAUUUUUUGUCAGUGGGAAAACAUUCAAAAUAAGCAAGGGAUCAAAUACUUUUUUCCCUCACUGUAUGUGUAUAUAAUUUUUCAUUUUUUUUGUUAUCUAGAGGAAUUUUAUUUUAACAUUUUAAUGUUUUUUAAAGUAAUUCUUUUGGCAUCAUCUUGUGGCUAAAUUGUGAAUUACACUUGUAAUUUGAAUGUAGCCUCAAAAUGGCCAGUUUAGUUAACCUAUUAAAGCAGCACUGUCAUGCCGAACUUACCUUUCCUCAAUCUCUUCCUCUUCUCCCCCUCUCUCAGGAUCUGUUCUUUUCUUCCUGUCUUCUAUAGUUUUCUUUGACCAGCGGAGGAGCAAAGUGUGCUUCAUUUCCGCUGGUCAGAGCAAUUUUCCCAUGAUCCUUAGCUUUCCUCCCUGUUCCCACGAUGCUCCCUGUCAGUAUUGCCGAACGUCCUGUCACUUAGACAGAACGCCGACAAAACUGCCGAAUUGCAUCCUAACAGAAUGAGAACAGUUUCUCCAUUCGUGUUAGGAUGCAAUUCGGGACUUUGUUCGGAUCGCAAUUUCAUUCGAAUGAAUGAAACUCCGAUCCUAUUCGUGCUGUGGCUGCAUCUUGCAGGCGCUUAGUAGAUAACUCCCUAAUUCCCACGGUAUCAGGGAGUUAUCUACUAAAAUGCUGAAAGACCUAAAUUGGUCUUUCAGACAAAUUUACUAAUACUAAGUAAAGAUUACUUAGUAUUAGUAAAUUCUGCCCCUACUCGCUAUACUGCGAGUAGGGGCAUGUCUGUUAAACAGUGAGCAGCCUGUGGCCCGACUGUCCCCCCCACCUGGUCCCCACCCCUACUGUCCCCCCCACCAAGCCCCUAGUCACCCCCCCCCACCCAAAUAAAACUAUCCCCUACCUACCCCCUCACACUAAAAAUAGUGAGGGGGGAAUAAAAUAACUAACCUGUAAACAAAAAUUAAACUUACCAUUUGACAUCUUCUUUUUUCUAAAAUCUUAAUUUUUCAGCCCCAAAAAAGGCCAUAUAAAAAGCCAUCAUACCCGUCAAACUUAAAAUAAAAUAAAAAACCCGAGCGCAAAAAAAAAAUCUGACGAAAAAGAAAAAAACAGAUGCUAAAAAAAUGAAUCCAUCUUCACCCAUGGAUUAACGUUGAACUUAAAAUAAAAUAGAAAACCUGAGCGCAAAAAAAAAAAAUCCAGACGAAAAAGAAAAAAACAGACGCUAAAAAAAUUAAUCCAUCUUCACCCAUGGAGGGCUCCGCGCAGACUGAGCUCUGCAGGGCGGGAGAAGGCUUAUAAAGCCUUGCCCCGCCCUGCAAUUAGGCUAAGAACACUCUGGUUGGUUUAAGCCAAUCAGAGUGCUCCUUGUCAUUUUACACAGCGUGGGAAAAUUCCAAAGAACUUUCCCAUGCUGUGUAAAAUUACACAGAGCACUGUGAUUAGAUGGAUUUCAAGCCACAGGUUGCUCACUGUUUAGUGGACAUGCCCCUACUCGCGGUAUAGCGAGUAGGGGCAUUCGGGAGAUUUUAAUCUCCCUUAUGUUAUUAUGGGGGUCAUAUUGACCCCCAUAGAGUGAGGGGGGACCUGGGGGGCUUAUGAAGUGGCGGGGAGCACUGCUCCCUUCCGCUUCUAUCUUUACAUAUUACAAGGAGAGAGCUGCGUGCCGGUAGCUCCCUCCUUGUAAUAAACUGAACGAACAAACGAACACUGAACGAACAAACGAACACUGAUAUUCUAUUUAUUCAUUCGUCUUUCUGAUGAAUGAAUGAAUAGAUGAAAUUCCCGUUCGCGUGUCCAAGUGUUUAAUUGGGCAUGUGCGGGAAUCUCAGUGAUAUCUAAUGUGGGCAGAUGACCCACAGGGACUUCAUCUACCCACACAAAGAUGGCGGCGCCCUGAAUAUAGAUUGGGGCAGAAAAUAAAGAUGAAAAAAUAGAUAAUAUGGGGGGCUUAGGGGCAUUUGGGGGUGACUAGGGGGUCAAUUAGAGAUAGUGGAGGUGGGAGGGGGGUUAAAAAAAAAACGGGAUUCGGCCAUGACAGUGCCGCUUUAAAGGGACUCUCCAGGUACCCAGACCACUUCUGCCCAUUGGAGUGGUCUUGGUGCCAACUCCCACCACCCUUAACCAUGCAAGUGUAAUUAUUGCAGUUUUUAUCAGACAGCCACAAGAGGGACUUCCGGGUUCUUAGAACAUGAAAAGUAUUUUAAACAACGCUGGACGUCCUCACGCUAUGCAUGAGGACCUCCAGCGUCGUCGAAAUCCCCAUAGGAAAGCAUUGAAUAAGUAAGUAAUGGCCCUUUUUAUAUGCAAUUCUCUUUCUUCAGAAACUCUAACCUGAUCCAAAAAACAUUCUGUGAAUGUUGCAAUGUGGAAUCCCCAUGAGGGGAAUGUUACUCGAAAUCCUGUAACAAAUCCAUUUUUGUUUCACUGUCUUCUUACUUAUUUCUGUAUUUCUAACUAUUCUUGAAAAAAAACCUAAUAUGUAUUUCUUUAUUUUCCCCAGAUACUGCAGUCUUGGUGAAACCAUAGACCCAAACAUGAGCCAGUGGGCAGCACUUCUUGGGAUGACUAACAUAUACCAGGAACAGGUCCUGGGUCUGUACAGUCAUGAACUCUUGCCUAUGGAGGUGCGUCAGUAUCUGGCACCAUGGAUCGAAUCACAGGACUGGUGAGAAUAAUCUGUGCAAUUUUGGUUCUAUAACUGAAGUGGAAUUACCCCUCUAAAAUCCUACAUUUUAUAACUGGUCAUGGGACUCAUAGUGAACAGCAUCUUGUGUGCUGAAGAUUUACUGUGAUUAUUUUAUAAAUCAAUAUAGUGCCUUCUUCAACAGGACUGCAUGAUACUUGCCAUUUUUUAUGAAGCUGAAUUAAAUGUUCAUAAUUGCAUUCUCCAAAUUAUAUUGUUUUUGUAACACUGAAAUGGUUAUGAUUUGUGAACUCAAGUAAUUUUGGGUUUUCUAAUGGUUGUUUGUGGCUUAUUUGUAUAUGAUUUAUGUUGCACUUCUUAUCAUAUAUUCUAUGCAUGUCUUUUCAUUCAGGAAACAAGCAGCCAGGGAUCGCUCAUUGGCAGAUAUUAUGUUUCAGAAUCUCUUGGAGAAUCUGGACACACAGUACAGCCGCUUCACACAGGAGCAGGAGAUACUUCAGAGCCUCAAUAUCCGAAAACUAAAAUUAGAAAUGCAGGUGAUGAAUACAAUAGUGCUCCUUCUGUGUUUGACUUAGGAAUGUAAAUAAACCAAAGACCUGUUAACACGCCAGUCUCCCUUUUUAUCUAAAAACUGUUUUUAUUUGUACCAGUAGAGUAUGUGCUGUAUAUAACUUCAUAGCACACCUUUUCAGGGUUAUUCGCUAGACUGGUAAUUGUAGAGAAUUCACAGGGCAAUUGCAAAUUUUAGGUUGAGAAAAAAACCAAAACUGUGCUGAAUCCUCUUUUUUUCAACGGUACCUUUUGUUUAAAAUCAGUACAUCUGAGAAUGCCUUACUGACAAUUUUUUUUUUUUUUUUUUUCAAUACACAUUUCUUAAUAAAAUAUUAUAGUGAAUGAAUGAACUUCCUCCAUUUAAAAUUCUACUACAACACAAUUCUACAAAUCAGAGAGAAUACAGUACUAGCAAUUUACUAAGAUAAAUAUGUAUGGAUAGUGACAAUCGUUUAUUAUUAGAUUAAUCAGCCCAUCCAAUAAAAACAGACAAGUUGUUAACAUUUAGUAAUGUUUAUUUAACACUUAAGGGGUAUAUAACCAUAAAACAAAAGUAUACCAAAUAACAAAUACCUAUAACUUCAUUAAACCUUACCAAAUUGCCAAUCAUGCCUAGGUGGCCUGACUGUCCUUUUAAACCACUACCAUACCAUAACCUACUACCAUAUCAUUCCAUAGAAUUUGUCCAUGAGGAUGACCUUUUUUGCCAUUAUUGCACCAUAGAAAAGAAAGUUACCUGCGCUCUCUCCUUAAUCCCUAUGUAUAUUUAGACAAAUGGAGGUCAUUUAGUUGCUCCAAUGGCCAUUGGAAGGAAUGCCCGCCUGCCAACGUCAAGUCAGACCCCCCUAAAGCGGGUCCUACAUUGACCCUUCAGCCUGCUUCCUUGAGCUUCUGGCAAAGAUAUCUCCACUGAGACAGAGAGGGUAUUUUUUAUAUACACCCCUAUAUACUUAUUAACCUUUAAUAGGGAACGCAUGGGAUGGGCGGCAGCAUUGUAACAAGGCUGUGUGAUACAAAGUAAAUACAAAUACAAAAAGAGAAGUCCUGCGCUCACCCAUCAUUACUGGGCCGGCAGCAAUGACUACAGUACACAUCAGCCCCAAUAUAUAGUAAAAACCUUGACGUUGGCAGGUGGGCAUUCCCUCCAAUGGCCAUUGGAGCAACUAAAUGACCUCCAUUUGUCUAAAUAUACAUAGGGAUUAAGGAGAGAGCGCAGGUAACUUUUUCUUUUCUUUGGUUUUUACUCUAUAUUGGGGCUGAUGUGUACUGUAGUCAUUGCUGCCGGCCCAGUAGUGAUGGGAGUGAGCGCAGGACUUAUCUUUUUGUAUCGUUAUUGCACCAUGACAAUGAGAAUAUAAAUAAGUAAAAAAAAAAAGGGGUGAGGGUUGGAUAUCCAUUUGUGCCACUUUUAGCUCGACUGACAGGAUAGAGAUUGUGCUGCAGCAUCAUAUUUCUCCCCAGCUUCACACACUUUUGCAGCCCUUGACCUGUACCCUAUCCCCAGCAACAACGGUUUCAAAACUUGUGCUCAGCAACUAACACUCUGAACUUUUCUUAACUCCCUAUGGCUAAAUUAACUCUUUUUUUUUUUUGAAAACUGAUUUUUAUUUGUUUUAUGCAGUGUACAUACAACCGUGAGAUUCGUAGAUCUCUAAAGAUAGAAGAAAUUCAAAGACAAGUAUAUGGAGUAAUCAUAGUUCAAUCACAUGUGAUGUGCAUGGUUAUUUGGGCUCGCAGGCUCACAAUGUCGAUGGACACACAGGUCCCUUAUGGUGUUCCCUCUUUUGAAUAUGCAGCUUAUAUUGACGUUGUAUACUGGGACUUAACAAUGUUUCCUGCAGUUCUCUUUAACCCACAUGGAUGCAGUCAACAUAAAUAUGUAUAGUUUGUACACUGGGGAGGGUUACAGGACUCGUGCCACCCGGAAUAUCUCAAUGUUUAUCUUUAUUCUAGAUAUAUGAAUUACAGGCUAAUAGCAUAAGCUUCGGUAUGCUAAAAAAGGUGAUAUUCUUGGGUCUUGGUCAUCGUCUUAGUAGCGCGUUAGUUUUCAUGACUACUCUUAAAAGUUAUCUUUUGCUUAUGCUUAUUGCCCGGUGGCUGGCUCUCCCCCCAUCCCAUACAUGCUAGUAUUCAUUUCUUCUUUAUUCUGUUUUGUCGCGGUCGAAGAAUCUCCACCACUAAGGAUAAUAUUCACCUGAUUUAGUUGGAGAUAAUACCCUGUGUCCUUAUGGCAGAGCCCGUAUUCACCUGAUCCACCUGUCAACUCCUCCAUAUUGCUGUUGUUUUUGAUAUUGGGGAUAAUAUAUUAGACUGCCUUGUUCCUAUUUGGAGUGUAUGUGGUGCAGGUUAUGUAAGAGGAUGAAGGUGUACGUUGUGUUGGUAUUAAUCCUGUUGUGUAAUGUGUGUUAUGUGCCCAGUUAUCAUCUAUUCUCCUUGUGUUUGGGUGGCUAAAUUCACACUUAACCUUAUGAUUGGAUAUAUAUAUAUAUAUAUAUAUAUAUAUAUAUUUAUAUAUUGUGACAGAGUCUAUGGGAGGGUAAUAGAAGGAAGGUAUUAAGGACCCAGAUUCCUCCAUAGCCUAUACUCAUUCACCUUCCCAAUUAGCAACUGCUGAGGCUUUAAUUAGCAGGUCUCAGAGCAGAAAGGGGGAGAUACAAUCUGACCUGCAGAGAGAGCAGGUCUGUGCUGUGCAGCACCAAACAAAGUGCUGAAGGUUGGUGAAACCAAUGUUUAUUUUGUUGAAUUGUGUAGUUUAUUACCCUGGUUUAGAAAGGGACAUUACUUUAUGUCUAGUUAGUGCUCGAAUUUGAGCUAGGAUUUUGUUUGUAGACUUUCUUUUCUGUUUUGCUGAAGUUUUGAACAAAUGGAUUGCUGCAUGGAUUUUUGUGCACAAUGUAAAUAAACCACACUAUUUUUGCAUAAGAGACUGUUGUUCUGUACCUGUUACCCUAGAGGACUGUGUUGCUUUGCCCUUAAAGGUCACCACACACACACACACACACACCCCCACACACCAGAACUUAGUGCCAUUGGCAUUUACAUUUAAAGCGGCACUGUAAUGCCGAACUUACCUUUUCCCAAUCGAUUCCUCUUCUCUCCCUCUCUCAGGAUCUGUUCUUAUUUUCUUCCUGUCUGCUCUAGUUUUCUUUAAAACUUAAGAAAAAGUAGGGACUAUUUAUCUUCUGGAGGUUUCCUACGCAGUGACCAGCGGAGGAGCAAAGUGUGCUUCGUUUCCGGUGGUCACAGCAAUUUUCCCAUGAUCCUUAGCUUUCCUCCCUGUUCCCACGAUGCCUCCUGUCAGUAUUGCCGAACGUCCUGUCACUUGCGUUCUAACAGUUUCUCCAUUCGUGGGGUGGGGGGGGGGAAGACACACCUGCUGUCCUCCCGCCGGCCCUGCGCGGUGGUUGGGGGCCAUAAAGAUAAUAUGGGGGGGACCUACUGUCCUCCCCCUGGCCCCCACCCCUGCGUGGUGGGUGGGGGCCAUAAAAAUAAUGAGGGGGGUACCUACUGUACUCCCCACACCCCUGAGCGGUGGCCAUAAAGAUGAGGGGGGGUCCUACAGUCCGGCCCCCAACCCUGCGCGGUGGGUGGGGGCCAUAAAUUACAAUGGGGGGAACCUACUGUCCUCCCCCCACCGGCCCCUACCCCUGAGCGGUGGGUGGGGGCCAUAAAUUACAAUGCGGGGGGGGACCUACUGUCCUCCCCUCCCGGGAAGCUAACCAAUCAGAGUGCUCUGUGUCACUUUACACAGCGUGGGAGGGGAGGACACGCUUAAACCAACCAAUCAGUGUUCUUAGCCUAAUUGCAGGGCAGGGCAAGGCUUUAUAAGCCUUCCCCCGCCCUGCUUAGCUCAGUCUGCGUGGAGCCCUCCAUGGGUGAAGAUGGAUUUAUUUUUUUAUUUUUUUAUUUUCUUUUAAGUUUGACGGGUAUGAUGGUUUUUUUUUUAUUAGGCCUUUUUUGGGACUGAAAAAUGAAGAUUUUAGAAAAAAGAAGACGUAAAAUGGUAAGUUUAAUUUUUUUUACAGGUUAGUUAUUUUAUUCCCCCCUUACUAUUUUUUAGGGUGAGAGAGGUAAGUAGGGGGUAACUUUUUUUUUUAUUUGGGUGGGGUGGGUGGGUCAUUAGGGGCUUAGGGACCCCUAGUCACCUUUGAUGGGGGGGGGAUGGAAUUUGUCUUAGGGCCCCCACCCGCCGCCCAGGGGUGGGGGCCUGGAGGGGGAGGACAGUAGGUCCCCCAUUGUAAUUUAUGGCCCCCACCGCGCAGGGUGGGGGCCAAGAGGGGAGGACAGUAGGUCCCCCAUUGUAAUUUAUGGCCCCCACCCACUGCGCAGGGGUGGGGGCCAGGAGGGGAGGACAGUAGGUCCCCCAUUGUAAUUUAUGGCCCCCACCCACUGCGCAGGGGUGGGGCCAGGAGGGGAGGACAGUAGGUCCCUCCCCAUUGUAAUUUAUGGCCCCCACCCACCACGCAGGGGUGGGGGCCGGGGGGGAGGACAGUUUCACGAUUGGAGAAACUGUUAGAAUGCAAUUCGGCAGUUUUGCCGGCGUCCUGUCUAAGUGACAGGACGUUCGGCACUACUGACAGGAGGCAUUGUGGGAACAGGGAGGAAAGCUAGGGAUCAUGGGAAAAUUGAUGUGACCACUGGAAACGAAGCACACUUUGCUCCUCCGCUGGUCACUGCGUAGGAAACCUCCAGAAGAGAAAUAGUCCCUACUUUUUCUUAAGUUUUAAAGAAAACUAGAACAGACAGGAAGGAAUGAAGAACAGAUCCUGAGAGAGGGAGAGAAGAGGAAUCGAUUGGGGAAAGGUAAGUUCGGCAUUACAGUGCCGCUUUGGUUUAGGAAAAAAUAUAAAUAAAAAUGCAAAGCGUGUUUUUUUCCAAAUCAGUAGGUGAAAAAAGUUGCCCUGUUAAUGUAUAGGAAGUAUAUUUUUAUGAAUGGUAAUUGUAUGAAUUAUAGUGGUGUGUGGUUUUUUUUUUGUACUUGCAUAACUUAAUUUGAUUAACAAACAUUGUGGUUAUUUUCCAGGCCCUAUACCAGGCAGAACCACAGAAACUGGCAGAAUUAAUCAGAGAUCUUUUGUACCAUGAAAAAACAAUCUUGUCCGAAUUCCAGGACAUGCAGGUGUGUAGUUUAUCUCCAUGCUCUAGAAUUGAAUGAAAAGUGAUACUUGGACAAAUGGCUUGAUAACAGUGUUUUUGUAAUUUGACAGUAUCAACAAAUCCUUUCUGCUUUUAUACAAGAACACAUAAUUUUUACAAUGCAUCUAAAAUGGUAAUAAAUUGGCAGGUGCUUAUUUAAGACAAUAUGUAUGAACCCUUUAAAGAUGUAGGACUCAUCCAUGCUAUCUAGAAAACAUGGGGUUUUACAGGGACACCAGAACAAUUACAGCUUAUUGUAUUUGUUCUGGUGAGUAGAAUCAUUUCCUUCAGGCCUUUUGCUGUAAACACUGUCUUUUCAGAGAAAAUGCAGUGUUUACAUUACAUCCUAAUGAUAACUCCACUGGCGACUCCUCAGAUGGCUUCUAAACAGGGCCGGCGCUACCUGUAAGGGCGCAACUAAUGUAACAGGAUACAGGUGUGUUCCUUUAAGCUGCUCCCCACCUCUACUACAUCAACCACCGUGCUCACUCUUGCCAAAUGCAGAGAUCUUCUGACUAUUGGCUGAUGUAGUGAAGGUAGAGACAGGUAGGAAGUAAAACCGCUCUAAUAUGGUUUGACUACUUACAUGGGGGGCGGUGUCAGACCACUAUGCUAUGUAGUGGUAAUGGUUCAUAUAAAAUGUCUCUUUAAUGAAACGUACAAUUUGAACUAUGUUUUAUCAGGCUAAUUUCUAAAAGUGUGAUUUUUUUUUUUUUAAUUUAUUUAUUUAUUUAUUUAUUUGUAAAAAAAAAUUUUUUGGGGACUCAAAGUGAACGUCACAGUAGCCAAAUGGGGAUUGGGGGGAGAAACACCUAAUUUCAACCAAUUGCCAGAUUGACUAUUUUUACCUUGAAGGGAAACUAUAGGUAUGGAACCACUACAGCUUAAUACAGUGUGAAUACUGGCUUUUAUGUGAAAGUCAGUGUUUAGUGGCUGUCCCAUGGGCUUCUAAAUUAGGCCCUGCAAAGAUCAAAAGAACAAAUUCAGGGUCACCACAAUCUACAUGGAAAUGCUGAACACUCCCCAUAUAGAUACAUUGACUCACUGCAUCUCUGUUAUGAGAUGCUGAUUGAUCACAGUACGCAAAUAUCAGUGGGUCCUGGAAGCAGUUCAGGCAGUAAGUACUGCAGCGAGCAGGUUAAUCUUCCAUGUUAAAAUUAGUGUAGGACCCACGGAUAUUGGGGUACUGUGACAUAGUGAUGGACUUAACACAAUAUCGCCAUAUGGUGUAACUGAAUCCCAAUUUUUUUUUUUUUUUUUGCUAGUAUAGGUGAUUUUAAGUAGCUUCAUAAAAAUUUUUUUUUUUUUUUUAAUUCUUUAUUUUUCUUGUGCAGAUGGUUACAGCAGGCCAGUAGAGCCACAAUAGUAUCUACAAGCAAAUUUAAAGCAUUUCAUAUUGUGGCUGUGUAGUCGGCACAAUUUUUAUAUUUAGAAAAUGAACAAGCUAAAACAACGUUUAAAUAACAUGCUACAAUAAGUAUGUUUUUAACAAAGCUAGGCACGCUUAAGGUUAGGUAGAUGUGACUCAUAUGUAGUGCGACAUGAGUGUCCCAAAAAACAGUGAUAAGAUUGAGAAGAUUGACGAGUCGUCGAGCCAGUGAUCACAGCUUCACAUUACGUGUAGCAGAUGUCAGUGGGUUAGGGCCCUGCCCGUUGUCAGGCGUGAGUUAUACAGUGUAGGUAACGUGUGAGAAACAGUGGCUGUGCCGUGACACCUCAAUUGUCACUUUCUUGGCUGCAGAGCAGAUAUAACUGGAUAAAGCUCCCUGCCUUUGAGUCCACUGCCAAAUACAGUUAAGCGGUGUACUAAGGGGAAUAAAAAUUGAUAACACUAUGUGUAUGUACGUUGUGCAUACUGUUGCGGACUUAGGGUGGCGGUAUGCACUAUAUGUGGGAGGGCAGCCAUGGCAUCAUGCCUUUUAGAAAAAAAAAAGAAAAAAAUACGUUCCAAAAAACUAUUUUAAGCUAAAGGUCGAAAACAUAGGGAGGGUGUGUUGUCGUGUGAGUCCUAUGCUAAGUAACAUGCUAGGGGCAUUUACUAUGGAUGAUUAUAUAACCCAUUCUUACACCUAGAUGAGCAUUUUGAGAAAGUCAAGUAUAUUAGUACCUGCUAAAUUUGGCUUUUGUGCAAGCGUGGGUAGCGUUUACGUGUUCUGGUCAUAGUAAGGUAGACAGACUAUGCUAUGGUAGUGGGUUUUAAGAUAGUAAUAGGGCAUAUGAAUAUACUGUACCCCCAGGAUAUAAGAUAGGCAUGAGUGUUAGAAUAGAUUUACUGUUGGCUUGGCCAAUACUAUGUUACAUCCCUGGCAUGGUACAAUUCUAUACGAUCAGGUUAAGCAGUGCCCCGCAGGUUAACGGUAUAAUGUGCUCAGGAUGUUGGGACCCAUCUAUGGUGCUGUCGGAAUGCUCAGCUGUUGGUACAACUAAAUGAAAGGGUUAGACCACGCUAAUGCUAAAAACAAAACACAUGAAAAGAGGCGUUUGUGUCUCUGGGCAUUCAGCUAGUUACAGUAUUAUGGGAACGUCAGGUAGCUUGCUCUGCCUCCAGGCUGGUAGCCGGAACGUAGUUAGCUGCUGUCUUUCACUUGGUGCCCCCGGUGUGCUGCGGGGGAUGGUCCAGUCUAUGAACAGUGCAUGUAACAGUUCGUACCGUCCAAGGUACAGCAAUAAGUGAGAGGUGAAGAGCCUCAAGUCCUCAUGUGGGUUCAUGGUUGGCUCGUUGAUAGAGCUGUUUGGGUGGAUCUUCUCGGGACAAAUGUCUCGGAGGUGGCUGGGUUCCAUGUAUGGGUGUUGGCGGGUUUGUUAGGCUGCUGCAGGGCAUCUUGUGGGAGGCCCCAGGCCGCCAGGUGCCUUCUUGCCUCUGAUAGGUCUGCUAUUAGGUAAGUUUCGUCUCCAUGAAGCACCUGUAGUUUGUGGGAUGGGCGCCACUGGUAUUUUAUGCUGUGUGCGCGGAGUAAGGUGGUGAGUGGUCUGAGGGCUGCGCGCCAUGUCAUUGUUCCCCGUGACAGGUCCGCAUAGAACGUGAGGGACAUGUCCUCAAAGGCAUACGGUGUGUUUCCCCUGGUGGCGGUCAUUAUUGCCAUUUUGUCUUGACGUUUUUGAAACUUAACUAUAAUAUCCCUGGGUGCCGUCACUGGGGCUGUCGAGGGUUUGGGAAUUCGGAAUGCGCCGUCUAUGCUUAUGCCUUUGGCCUGCUUCGUGGGAACCAUCGUGCUUACCAGGCGUCGUAUAAGGUGAGGCACCUCGGCGUCUGAUAUGGAGUCCGCUAUUCCCCUGAUCUUGAGGUUUUGGGCACGCCGUGCAUCUUCCAUCGCCGCCAUUUUGUGUUCCACCUGCAGGUGCUGUUGUUGCAGGGAGACCACGUCGCGCUGCAGCGUGGUAAGUUGCUGUAUGUGGCUCUUGGAAUCUCGCUCCACGAUACCCAUACGGUCCGACAGGCCCUGGAUGUCUUUCCUCAUAUCCGCCAUGUCGGUCUGGAUGCCUCGACGGAGCUCCGCCAGCAGCUCCCUCAUCUCCUCCUUCGUGACCGGAGCAGUAUCCGACUGUGUCUUGGGCUGUGUCAGCGUUCGUGUGGCGGGUAGGGUCACCUCUUCUUGGUCUGAGGUUAGGUCAUCCGAGUUAGUGAGGUCGUCCACAUAGUCUGCAUAAUCCGCCAUGUGAGGCUCUUGGGCCCCAUGUGCUCUCCGCCAUAGGUCCCCAAUACUUGCGCCUGGUCGUGGCAUGUCCGAUUUAAGUUUUUUGUUCUUCUUGCCCAUUGCUACCUGGCUUGUUGGGGUAAGCAGCCUGUUUCUGUUGUGUUUGGGGGGUGAUAAUUGUGGAAUUUGUCCGUAAAAACGCUUUGGUUUCUCGGAGCUCGCUGGAGUUGCGACCGCUCGGUUCAGUAGUUGGCUCCGCCCCCGCUUCAUAAAAUUUUAAACUGGAUUUAUUUUGUGCGCUGUUCCCUAAUCUGUAUUUUGAAACUGAAACAUUGUCACUGCCAACGGGGGGCGAUAGGAAUAGUUCACCCUGCGUGACGAGAAGGGGGGGGGGAGGGGUACACAGAGUAACUCCCCAUUACAUUUUUUUGCAUGAACCCAAAUAGAAGAUUGAAUUACUUCGUAAUAUGACUGACCAUGUAUGACUGUAGGUGAAUGUUUGUGACUGUGUGUAAUUGUGUAAUUAUGUUGUGACGGUGUAUGAUUGUGUCUGUGCGUGGGGGAGGGCUAGCUCUCACUUGCCCUCUCCAUUUUUAAUUCUUCAUGUUUACAUCAACUGCUCUCAUACAUGCAAAACUUAGCCAUAGUCUUACAUACACAUAUAUUUUUGCCUCCCUCACUCACUCACUCACACACACACCCACACACACACACACACGUGCACACAUAUGUACAGUAGGUUUCUAAAUGAUUUUGUGGUUAUUGUGGUUUGGUAAUCAAGAGACUAUUAAUUGAAUAUUAAUAAUUUUUGAUGUACAUUUAUUCUUCAAUAGUUAUUUUGAUAAUUGAACAAGAUGUCUGCACCACCAGCACAAAAUAAAUUGUCUGGUGCUGCUUUACAAAAGAAAAGAAGGCUCCAAGAAGAAGACAUUUCUAAGAUGGCUGGAUCAUUAAAUAGGUUCUUUAAACAUGAUCCAGUACAAAAAGCUGUAAGUGAGUUGGAGUGCAAAACUAAAGAGAAUCGUGAAGCUGAAGAACUCGAACCACACCCUUCUACUUCAACUGUGGGUGAACAUUCUUUGGGCGUAGAAAGUGAUACAAACACAGAAGAAGAGAGUUCACAGAAAUCAGCAUCAUAAUCAGAAGAUGAAAAUGGAGAAAGCACGCUGGUAGACUUCUUUGAUCCAGCUGACUGGCCUGAUACGCUUACUAGCUCACUAAAAGAAACCAUCGUUAUGAAAGGUCCGGCAAAGCCAAAAGAGCACUUUUUGUAUUUCCUAAAGAUGCAUCCAAGAGACGGUUUACAUAAACCCACUAUAGACGGCGCUUGGAAAUGGUGAAGUGCAUGUUAGAAAGUGGCUUAGUUAUUCUCCUAGACUGGACAAAAUAUUUAGCUUUUGUUGUAAACUCAUUACAACUACGAAAAUUAACCUGACAACAGGAGGCUACAACAAUUGGAAAAAUGUAUCCCAGUGUCUGGCUACACAUGAAGUGUCUCCAUCUCACCUCACUGCUAUGGGAGACUGGACAGAACUGUUAACAAGGCUUGGGUCAGGAAGUACUAUUGACCAUUCAUACCAAAGAUUAUUGGCAACUGAAACGCAGAAUGUUCUUCAAAGGCUUGUAGCCAUUGUUCAAUACAUUGGGAAGCAGUGCUUGGCCUUCAGGGACAGCAAUGACACACUGUACUCUGAAAACAAUGGAAAUUACUUUAAACUUGUAGAAAUGAUGGCAACAUUUGAUAGUGUGAUGCAAAGCCACGUGAAAAAGAUACAGAAUUCGGAAAUUCAGCAUUAUUUAGGAAAAUACAUUCAAAAUAAACUAAUUGGUUUAAUUUCAAAAGAAAUACAGAGACGCUUUCUGCGGUUGCUUAAGGAUGCCAAGUAUCAUUCCAUUAUACUUGACUGGACCCAUGACAUCACUCUUGUUGAACAGAUGAUUAUGAUUUUCAGGUUUGUAUCUGUUAAGCAAGGAGACUCGCCAACUGCAAAUCCUGAAAUACACAUUGAGGAAAGAUUUCUUGGUUUCCUGCCAGUUCACAACUCAUCUGGAGAAGGAUUAACAGAGGCAAUUUUGAAUGAGCUUGAAAUGCUGAAGUUACCUCUCAGUGAUAUGAGAGGUCAGGGGUAUGAUAAUGGCUCCAACAUGAAGGGAAAGCACUCAGGAGUACAAAAAAGUAUCAUGGACCUGAAUUCACGUGCUUUCUAUGUCCCCUGCAGUGCUCUAUCCUUAAAUCUUGUAGUAAAUGAUGCUGCUAUGUGCUGUAGAGAUGCCAGUAAAUUUUUUGGCAUUCUUCAGAAAAUAUAUGUGUAUAUGUGUGUGUGUGUGUGUGUGUGUGUGUGUGUAUGUAUGUAUGUAUGUAUAUGUGUGUAAAUUUUUUUUUUUUUUUUAUCCGGUUCAACAAAUCGAUGGGAUGUUCUAAAAAAACCCCCAAAAAACAUGUGAGUAAGCUGACAGUUAAGCUCCUAUCCGAUACUAGAUGGUCAAGCAGAAUUGAUGCUAUUCGGCCAUUUAGGUUCCAUGUUGAAGUGUAUGACACCUUGAAGCCUCAAUUCUUGCAAGAGCAGCAAAAUUCACAUCACAUUAACCUAAACCGGAGGUGAUGUGAAUUUUGCUGCUCUUGCAAGAAUUGAGGCUUCAUCCUUGGCAAAAAAGUUAAAAAAGUUUAAAGUCUUGUGUUUUAUCAUCCUUUGGUUUAACAUACUAAGUCGAAUUAAUUCUGUCAGCAAAGUUCUUCAAAGCCAGUCAUUGUGCUUGCUAGAUGUUGUGGAACUUUUGGAAUCAAUCAAGACUUUUUUUUCAAUCUUAUCGGACAGAUAAUGGUUUUGAGGAUUUACUUAAAGAAGCAGGAGAGAAAGCUGUGGAAAUGGAAAUAGACCCUGUGUUCCCCCCUCAAGUGCAUCAGACGCAGGAAAAAAGGUUGUUUUUUGUAUGAGGUUCCAGAUGAUCCUAUCUUAGAUCCUAAAAAUAAAUUUAAAGUGGAAUGUUUCUUCACAAUAUUAGAUACAACAAUAAAAUCUGUACAUGAAAGAUAUGAACAGCUGAAAUUUCAUUCCACGCAUUUUCAAUUUUUGUAUGACAUCCACAAGCUAAAAGAUGUGCAAAAAGAAGAACUCCUGCAGUUCUGCAUGGAAUUGCAGAAUGUCUUAACCGAUGCAAAAUCAAAGGAGUCUGAUGAAGAUGGAAGGCAACUAUGUGAAGAACUUGCUGUAUUGGCUCCUGUUAUAAAACCUACGAUGAUACCUGUUGAUAUUUUGGCCUAUGCAGUGAGGAAUGGAUUUGCUCCAAAUGUGGCAAUUGCACUUUGAAUUAUGUUGACCUUACCAAUAACUGUUGCCACAGGUGAGUGAAGCUUUUCAAAGCUAAAAAUUAUAAAAUAUUAUCUGCGUUCUUCAAUGUCCCAACGGCUUGUGGGACUUGCCAUGAUAUCAAUAGAGGAUCGGACGGCCCAGGAGAUUGACUUUGAAUCAUUACUAAAGGACUUUGCGAAUGCCAAAGGAAGAAAAGUAACAUUUAUUUAGCUAGCAUAACUGUUAGAAAGUAUUUAAGCUGUUUACAAAGUUGUUGAAGCUGUUUACAAAGUUGUUUAGCACUUAAAUUGUAUGCUGCAUUUAUAUAUUUAUUUUUCUAUGUGUCUGGAGUUCUUUGAAUGACCAUACCAUUUCUAUUGUUGCACUUAUAUUAUGCAAGUAUGCCACUAUAAUAAAAAUGUGUGGCAUGUAUUUUUCUCUUAACAACUGUAUGUUGUAUUGCACUUUCAUAAUGUUUAUGUAUUAAACUAUUUAAAUUCGCACUUUAUUUUACAUUAUGGCCUUUUGUGCAAUUUCUCAGUGUUUUGAACCAAAAGCUACAGGGUUAUUCACUAAAAUGAGAAUUUAAAGUGAAUUCUUAAUUUAAGGUCAAAGUAGCUUAAAUGAAAGCAUAACUGACGUAGAUAAUUUUUACAAAUCAGUAAAUCUGUUUGCACUAAAGAACUAAAUUUGGGUAAGAAACCAUGAAGUUACCAAAUUAACAAACAACCGAACAAUCUAAUACACAGGCUUGUUGCUUUAGCAAUGGCUUAAGUUAUGGUAGUUAUUCUCCACAAUUCUAAAUAGGGGGCUUAAUUGCAACAUAUAAGUCUUUUUUUAAUUUAAAUGUUGAGAAAGGGGUGGGACAUAUGUGAUGUCAUGAUAUGGGCAGAUCAUAUGGGUUUGUGAUGUCACAUCGUGGGCCGAGCAUAUGGGUGGGCGUCAAUUUUUAUUUUGCCUAGGGCGGCAAAAAUCCUUGCACCGACCCUGCUGCUAAAGGCUGUUUCCUGGAGCAGUUCUGCACAGUGCGCAGCACUGCCAUUCAGUGUCUCCACCCUCUGCAUGCAGACACUGAGCUUUCCUCAUAGAGAUGCAUUGAUUCAAUCCAAGCAUUGUGAUUGGCUCAGAGCACCACUUCUGAUGUCAGAAACAUAGAAACAUAGAAUGUGACGGCAGAUAAGAACCAUUUGGCCCAUCUAGUCUGCCCAAUUUUCUAAAUACUUUCAUUAGUCCCUAGCCUUAUCUUAUAGUUAGGAUAGCCUUAUGCCUAUCCCACGCAUGCUUAAACUCCUUUACUGUGUUAACCUCUACUACUUCAGCUGGAAGGCUAUUCCAUGCAUACACUACCCUCUCAGUAAAGUAAUACUUCCUGAUAUUAUUUUUAAACCUUUGUCCCUCUAAUUUAGAAGCAGACAGGGACAGGGACAGUAGCUGCAGAUUUUAAUACAAGUAAGAUUUCACUAGAUUUAAUGAGGCAAGUGAUGAUUCUAACACUAUAGGUCAUGAAUACAUGUUUGUGUUCCUGUUUCUUUAAUAUGGUUAGGACUGCAAGGGAUGCCCUUUAGAGUGAGUUUUGCUAAAUUUCUACUCACAGUGGGGAAACCCAGGUAUCUAUCGAUAACUGGGACUCCUCUCUUUUAUCUGGCCAUAUUUAGUAGUCGUUGCACACAGCCCUUAAAUCCUGUGGUUGAAUGGUCACAUUUAGCCACUGUGAUUAUCUUGGAAUCCUAGGGGAUUCACAGGUUCUCUGUGACAGAGCAAGACCCUCAAGGUCCUGAUGAGGUCUCCUUGCAUGUCUCAUCUGUUGACAGUGAUCAGCACUGGGCUGUGCAAGCUGCCCAGCACUUAUCACUAUAUGAUUCACAGGGACAGCAUGUAGGAGCUGCAUGUCGAUCUCCUUCUGCUGCAAACACACAGUACAGAACACUCUGUACUGUAUAAAGUGUGAAAUUCCUCUGCUAUUGUUAGGAUUGUGUAGGGGUGGUGUUUGUGUGGAAUAAGGAUUAAUGCGGGUUAAUGAUAGUGUAGGGUUAAGGUUAGGGAUAUGUGUACUGUUACAGAAUGCAUAGUGUUAGGGGUAAGAUUAGUAUAGAGGUAACUACCAAAACUUUAAUUUAGAUGUAGGCAACCUUUGGCACUGCAGAUGUUCUAGAUUAAAUGUCUCAUAAUGCUCUUGCAGCCAUAAUACUUGCAAGGCAUCCGUACCACCAUAAUACUGGCAAGGCAUCAGUACAGCCAUAAUACUGGCAAGGCAUCAUGAGAGAGAGUCCACAACAUCUAGACAUAUGAGGCAUUUAACAAAUCUGUUUACAUUUUUUUUUUCAUUAGUUGCACUUGAUGUGUAAAAAUUAUUUAAGUAAAAAUGUGUAAAAAAGAUUAAAUUAAGAAGGAACAAACACAAAUUUCAGAUUUUGUUUGGUUCAGAAGUUGAGACAAUUGCCUCUUUAAAGAGUGUCACAUUUGAUGGCAAAUUAAACCCUAAGGAAUUGUGUUUUAAUACUAAGGUAGUCACAUUAUGUAAGUGCUGUUUACUGAGUUUUCAGGGACAGAGGCUUAGCCCUGGCUAGGCCUCAUGUAUCCAGCAGACCACUCCCCCUGUGAGAGAGUUAGGUCAGACCCCUAGCUUCUAAAGGGGGUACCCAGGGAUAUAACUCUUACAUAUGUGCUGUUUGCUGGGUCUUCAGGCUGGCAAAAUAUGGGCAUGGUGAGCAUAAUGUUUAAAAACUAGUCCUGCUUAAGCAGACUCCUUCCAAGCUGCUGUGAAGGACACGAAAAAUGACUGCAUGAUGGGGAGAGGGUGGUUCUAUUUAUAGAAAUCUCAGAGUUCUAUUUCCUGUCCUAUCUGCUGUGAGGGGAGUAGCUAGUCAUAAGUAAAUACUGCCAUGUUUGAUAAGGAAGUUAGCAAGUUAGCAUCAAAUAUGCAAAUGCACAACAAGGUACUAGAUGCAGACCUCCUAACGUCCCUUGACAUGUCCCACACACCAUUCUGUCAAUAACAUAACUUAAGUGGAAAUUUCUGUGCUUAUGAAGUGUAAAGGAGGCAUCAGGUUGUAGAAUUUAAGAUGAUGGUAUGUGCGACCCAUUUAGAACAGCGAAGGUGGUUACAUCAUACGUUUGUAGCAUAUUGAGGCACUAGUUAGUUCAGCCUUAGUCCGUACGCUAUCCAUCAUGUAACACCCUCUCCUUCAGUGAUUAGUUAUAUUAUUAAAGGGUUACCUCAAGCACCACAACCACUUAGUGUAUUAAAGUGGUCAUGAUGCAAAGAAAAUAUAUUGGCUGCAUUUCAGGGCUUGCUAAUUCUAAUUCUGUGCAUAAGGCUUACAAAGCGUUCAUUCAAUAGCUAAAAUAAUUCAUCUGAUGCUUGAGCCAAUUAAUGAUUGGCUCAGCCACCAUUUUCGGAGGUCCAGUAUAAGUGGCACACCAUUCUAAAACGGUUUGCCCCCUUACUGAGGAAUGACAGCAUUCUAUUAAACUGCUGUGGUUAUGAUAAUUGGAGUAACCCUUUAAACUUGAUUUAAUUUUAAGUUAAAAGAACCAUUGUAUUUAGUAGGAUUUUUCUUAUCUUUCAUUGGGAAUGCAUGUUGUGUGAAUUUGAUAACGUUUUUUAUUAUUCUUAACCAAAAAGUAAUUUAUUCUUUCAUAAUAUGUACACAUAAUUGGAUUUUCUACAGUACCAAAGUGCAAACCAGAGCUGUAAGAUUGGAUCCUGUUGAAAUGUACCUGGUUAACGGCUUCUUGAAUGACAAUUUGUUUUCCCUCAAUGUGUAUUAUCGUAUGUCCAAUAGCAUUCUCUCCAUCUUUACAGUCUCAAGCUGAGAAGCCAGUACAAGUUCCUAUGGAGGUUGGGCAGAAUUUUGAGAUUGAACUGCGAGUCAGUAAAGUAAAGGAACAUGCACAGGUGAGUUGUAUCUGCCACCUAUUGUUGUGUGGAGAAAGUAAUAGUUUUGGUUGUCUGUACUGACAAUGGCGAAAAAACUUCAAAUACCUGAGAAUUGUCAACCCAGUUUGAAAGGGAUUAACAGGAAGUCUAGAGUCCAUGUAAAUAAUCAAAACCGUGCCGCAGUGUACACUGAUUUGCACUGCAUUUUUUCUCCCCUUUCAUUUAUUUAUGUAGAAAUAACAUGUUUGAUACACUGAAUACAUUGAGCAAAGAGAAUGACAGAAGUUAAUUGACAGGAACAAAAGGAUACAACAUACAGAGGGUACUGAGAUCCAUGUGUGUAAGUAUAGAUUCUAAUGGGGAAUGGGAUAGGUUAGAUACGAGGUGCAGAAAGUGUGGAACAGGCCAUAGUAUAUGUGAUGGUAGGUACUUUUGGUGAGAUUAAAGGUACUAUUCGUUCAUUAAUAAUGUUAGUAAUAAUGUAGAAUUUCUUCUUGAGGAAAUGUUUAAGAAAGUGAGGGUGAUGGGUUCCAGAGAUGCAGUGUAGAUCGAGAAAAGACUUGUAAGCAAGAGAGGGAAUAUUAAAAUUUUUUAUUUAUUUUUUUGUCAAAAGCAGUGGAUUGACCAAGUAUGGAAGUACUUCACUUGCGUAUCAGCACUUUAUUAUACGUGCCGCUACGUAAGAGGGAGACAAUAUUUUAUUCUUGAGUUUAUGAAUUAGCAAGUAGGUUCAGAGGUUCAGGCAAUUGAAAUCUGCUCACAAGACCGUACAAGUUCAGAUAUGGCCCAUUCGUUUGAUUUAGUGUACUCUACACAUGUCUCCAUAGUUGUUCUCUAAAGUUGGGGAGGGAUGGUUGGCUCUCAAAGUGUUUAUUUUUUUGUGAGGAUUCUGAACAUUUUCUAUGAAGUGUAGACACAAACUUGUAAUGUCUAUGUGAUAUAUCCUGUCUAAGAAAGCUUUACACUAAUCUGUUCUAUGUCUGUUGCAGUUGCUAGAUCAUGCAGUGAAGUUUUUGGAGGAUCAGCAGGAAACAUUUGACUUCAAAUACAAAACCUUUCAAUUACUUGGUGAGUAUUUUGAUCAUCAGGAAAAUUGUGUCAAUAUUUGCUGACAUGACUGGGCAGGUGCUUGCAUAUCAUCCUUAUUACCUUUACCUAAUUGAUUUGGAUUUAAAUGAGCACAUAUCUAAAACUGAUGCAAGAGCAGAGGUGAUACAUCUUUUCUCAAAUAUAUUAGAAGCUAACAGGAGCCAUGGGGAGCAGUAUUUGAAGCCCAAGAGAACUGAACUUCAACAACAACUCAAUGAGCUGGACCGAAAACGCAAGGUCAGAUUGGGUGAAAUAUUAAGUGAGAUUUUUUUCGACUAUUUUUACAGUAACAGGCUGUAUUAUCUUGUUUACCCAUGAUUUUUGUGCCUGGAGCGUUACAGGGAUAUUUUGUCAAAGCAAAUUAAAACUUUUUUUGUCAGUUAUGAUGUUAAAAGGACACUAAACAAUAUAACUACAGCUCUUUGUACUGGUUACAAUGCUUUGAGUAUAUGGAUACUUCCUCCAGGUUUUGUUCUGGAGCAUUAUGACAAAAACAGGGCUCCCCAUGAGCCUCAUAAUAACCACCUCUGCACCCUAAUUAAUAUUUUGGAUAUUACACUUCUGUAUUAUCAAGUAUAAAUUCAUCCUAUGCCAAUGAUAGACUGAGAGCAAUGGCAUAAUCUAUCAUCUAUCUGCACUUAAAGGGACACUAUAGUCACCAGAACAACUACAGCUUAAUGUACUUGUUCUGUUGAGUAUAAUCAUUCUAUGCAGGCAUUUUCAUGCAAACACCUUUUCGGUGUUUACAUUGCCCCUAGGGACACCUACAAGUGGCCACUCCUCAGAUGGCCACUGGAGGUGCUUCCUGGCUCAGUGCUGCACAGUAGGAAGCUCUGCCGUUCAGCGUCCCCACGCUCUGCAUGGGGACGCUGAAUUUUCCUCAUAGAGGUGCGUUCAACCAAAAUAUAUGGUUUUAUGGGGGUAAAUUACAUUGGCCGGCUUAAAAAAUGUCCCAAAUAGGACAUGGGUGCAUGAUGACCAGCUGAGAAAAUUCCAAGUUGGAAAACUGGAAUGCGCACCCUCCAAAUAAGGUAUUUUAGCCCUCAUAGAACCCGACACACCUAUACAUGGGGAGUAUCACUGUACUCAGGAGAUGUUGCUGAAAACUUAUUGGGGUGUUCUUUGGCAGUAACCCUUAAAGUUCUCUGUACAUGUAUUCUUAAAUUGCUUUGUGUGUCAAAAAAUCACCUAUUAUUAUUAUUAUUAUUAUUAUUAUUAUUAUUAUUUUUUUUUUUUAUUUGGUAAAGAUUGGUGGGAAAAUGGUUACAUGAAAAGAGUCAAAAGAGUUUUUUGUUUAGUUUUUUCAUUAUAUUUUAUAAAAAAUGUUUUAUACUAAAUUAUAUGAGUAAAAGGAAAAUUACAGCAAACACUGCAGAAAUGUAAAAACAACCCUGGUCCCAAACGAUAAGAAAAUUGAAAAGUGGUCUGGUCACUAAAGGGUUAAACACCAAUAAUACACACAAAUGUAUAUCUGCAUUUAAAAUCCAACACUACAUCCAAACAUCACAUAAAAACACACCCUUUAUUAAUAUGCUAAAAUUAUAUACAAACACUAACGCUACACACAGAAGCACACAUGCUCCUAAGUACUACAAUCUGAUUACUAUCUUUAGAAAUUAGUGAAUAUAUACCAAUGAACAAAAUAUACCAAAAAAGAAAACAUUGCACACUGUUAAUUAAAAAGCUAGUGUUACACCGCAAACUUUGUUGGCUUUUUUUUUUUUUUUUGGAGGAGGGGUGUCCCACGAUUUUGGUACACUAUGUCAGUGGGUUCCACAGGAAAAAUUAAAUUGUAUAAUGCUUCUAUUUUGCACCUUUGACUUUAGGUUUGCUGUAAGUAUACUAUUUGUACUUGAGGCUGUACUAAUUACCCUUUUGUUUGUCUUCUUUAAGGAGGUCUUAGACCAGAUGAAGGAGCUGCUAGGGUUGUGUGAGACUCUAUUAAAAUUUCUUGAGAAGGAGCUGGAGGAAUGGCUUAUGAGGCUAAAAUUGUCCUGUAUUGGAGCCCCCCUGAAUACCUGUCUUGAACAACUUGAAAAAUGGUUAGUAUGAAUACAAAACAAUGUCUUCCACUAGUAAGCAGUGGGAGUCAUAGUAUAUCAUCAUAAACAAGCUUAUUUGCUAAACCGGUAAUUAAGGAGAAAGGACGAGAGAAUUGCAAGUUUUAGGCUAAAGUAGCUGAAUUGUAGCCCUUGUGUUUUUACCUAAAACAUGUAUUUCUCAUAUCAUUUCUAAACAUUUCCAGAUUAGCGACUAAAUCACAAAGAAAAAGUAGACCUGAUAGCUAACGUGGUACCAUCUCAUUUUUAUUUUAGAGUGAUACAAUUCUUUAACCCCUUAAGGACACAUGACAUGUGUGACAUGUCAUGAUUCCCUUUUAUUCCAGAAGUUUGGUCCUUAAGGGGUUAAAAAAAUAAAAAAAUCUUCCUAGUAUUUUUUGGAAUAAAUGCUUUUACUUUACCAUCACAUUGUCUGAAAAUUUUAAAUUGGAUUUAAUUUUAAAUUGAGUAGAACUAACUAGUGAAUUAAUGUAAGGUUGGCAGGUAAGAGAGAAUUUCUUUUGUCAAAUGGUUUUAUUUAUUGAGGCUUCUAUCCAAUCCAUAUGGAAUAGGAAGGAAAUUUUCCUGUGGAGUAAUUAUAGUGGAGAAGGGGAUGGCAUGAUCCAAUGGUGUAAUAUACUUUUAAAUGCUGCAUCAAAGAUCAUAUGGGCCAAGUUGGAAGGUCUUGACUCCUCUGUUAACCCCAAUGUUGCUAUCGACUAUGAGAAGUUCCCCUGGAGCACAUAAAAUCAUGUCAAAAAAGUAAUGUUUCCACUACGAUCCCAGACCUCCAAGUUUGACAGUUUACUGUACAGACUUUGAACAGGCACCAUGCUGACGAGACCCACAAGGUCUAAACUGUACAGUCCAUGGCUGGUUUCUAGUCACUGAUCUUUUUGAAUCAUAACCCAUGAUUUUUAAACGGUUAAAAAGCUUUUGGAUCAAACCGCAUCCAUUGCUAAUGGUAUCUGCAUAAAUGCAUGAUGAAGUCUGAAACAUGAUGCCUGUCUUUGGACAUUGACAUGUCAAGCAUUAAACCCUGGGAUAGUCGUGGAAAUAUAAUUUCUUGAGUUUCUGUGCCUAAAGGGAAUUUCUUAAAGUCCAACUUAAGAUCUGUAGAGGUGAUGCACAGAAGUAGUUUAGAACUUUUUUUUUUUUAUGUGAGGUCUCACCACUAAUGUUUUGGGACAAACACCCACCCACCCACCACCCAACCUUCUCCCCAUUCCCCCUACAUUGUAUCCCUUUUACUCUAUCCACCUUGUUAAAUGAACCAUAAUUAAUGUCCUUUUUUGGAAUAAAUGCUUUUACUUUACCAUCACAUUGUUUUGCCACAGGGUGACAAAGUUGGUUGAGGUUUUCUUCCAGAUGCGGCUCCUUCUGAAACUUCUCAAUGAGCUUCAUUUACGUUUGACAUAUGAGGGCGAUCCUCUGAAAACAGACCCUCCAAUCCUGGAGGAGAGACUACUCGAGUUGCUGUGCUGUCUUCUGAAGAAGUAGGUGUCCCAUGUUGACUGCUUUGUGUUUUUUAAUUUUAAUAAUACAGGGUCUGGUGUGAUGUGUUAAUAUUCAUUUAAAUUGUAUUUGUACCUCCAUUAGCAUAAACUGAUUAAUGGGUAUUUCAUUCUGUGACAGAGGUAUUAAUAGUUCAGCCUAUUCUCUCGGUAAAACCAUUUGGUAAUCUGCACUGUUGAAUCAUUCAGAAGAUUUAAAUAAAUUGUACCUUCAGCAUAAACCAUUAUUCUGUGUAAUGGUACACUUUACCUGGACCUCAUGUGUCCUCACCAAGAUAAAUAAGUUGUAUAAAUUGGUUCACAUUAGAGAUACCAUAUUUUCUUUUGUUACAGCAGUUGUUUGGUACUGGUAAACGAUUCGAUAAAGUGAUGACAUAGUAAUGAAAGGGGUCUUGGAGAGAAAUGUUUUACUUACGUUUGCCCAAAUUGAAAAUGUAUAUCAGAAUAUCUCCCACUUAUCAUUUAUUUUCUGUAUACAAAUUGCAGCUUUGCAUAGAUAAGUACGUUGGGUACAAAAAAAUAGGUUAUAUGUGGCAAACUGUCCUUAAAAAAAAUAUAUUUUCUGAAAGUUGGAAUUGUAUAUAGUAUAAUAGUAUCUUUCACACGGUAAUACUUUUUUACAUAAUAAAUGUAGUUAUUAAAAAUUCAAGUCUGCUGGAGAAAUGCGUUUUAUUGUUUUAGAUGCAAUUUUUUUUAUUUUUUAUUUUAUUAUACAUUUCUAGUUCUCUUGCCAUUGACUAGGCUUCAUUCUUUUUCCACAUUCAAUCAAUUAGGGCUUUUGUAGUGGACAAGCAACCAAUCAUGGCUUAUCCAUGCAGACGACCUUUAGUAUUGAAGACCGGUCCUUCUUCAUUCUCUGUGAGAGCCAGGUGAGCUUUGAUUGACUUGGGCAUCACAUUAAUAUAGAGGUGGUGUGAAGCAGGAAUCAAUAGGGUAGGAGAGUAUGUUUAUUAACGAUUCUAAAAAUUGUUGGGAAUUAACCAGGGAAUUAAAAUUUUAGGCCAAAACAGCCCAGUUGGGGAAAUAAGUUGGCUAAACUUGCAAUUACCUGUUAUAUUAGUUGUAUAUGUACAUGGUUUUGAAAAAAGUAUUGAGGAAUGACUUGGAGUUAACUGUAGUCUGGGAGUAAUUGAUCUUUUUAUUCCAGAAGUCACUUACAAGAUUAUUGUCUGUAUUUGGAUCUGUGUUCUUAAUUGUACGUCUUUUUAUUUUCAAUCCUUAGGCUUCUUGUGAAUUUGCCAGAACUGAGACAUAAUAUGAAGGUUUCCUAUGUAAUGGAUAAGUAAGUCUGUUUUGUGUUUUUUUUGUUUUGUUUUUUUUUAGUUAAAAUUCUAACAGUUUGAAAUCUUCAAUUCUUACUGCAUUCAACGGAUUCUUAAUAUCUUUUCACUGAUCCUUUUGAAUCAUAACCCAUGAUUUUUAAAUGGUUUAAACGCUUUUGGAUCAAACCAUAUCUAUUACUAAUGGUACCUGCAUAAAUGCAUGAUGAAGUCUGAAUCACAAUGCCUGUCUCUGGACAUUGACAUGUCAAGCAUUGAACUCUGGAAUAGUCGUGGAAAUAUAAUUUCUUGAGUUUCUGUGCCUAAAGGGAAUUUCUUAAAGUCCAACUUAAGAUCUAUACAGGUGAUGCACAGAAGUAGUUUUGAACUUUUUUUUAAUGUGAGGUCUCACCACCAAUGUUUAGGGACACACACCCACCCCACCUUCUCCCCAUUCCCCCUACCUUGUAUCCCUUUUACUCUAUCCACCUUGUUAAACGAACCAUAAUAAAUGUCCUUUUUUGGAAUAAAAGCUUUUACUUUACCCUCACAUUGUUUUGACACAGGGUGACAAAGUUGGUUGAGGUUUUCUUCCAGAUGCGGCUCCUUCUGAAACUUCUCCAUGAGCUUCAUUGACGUUUGACAUAUGAGGGUGAUCCUCUGAAAACAGACCCUACAAUACUGGAGGAAAGACUACUCGAGUUGCUGUGCUGUCUGCAUUCUUCUUAUUUUGAAUGCAGUUUUGUUACACAGACAAAAUACUCUGUGUACGGGGGCGGGGACUGACCGCGAUGCUGACCGGUCGGAUGCCACAGAGACUCCUGCUGAAUUUAAGCUACGCGGCAGAAAUUGUGAAAUUACCGCUAAUAAUUGGAUGGAGUAGUUCGUUAAAGUACACAGGAGAAGGUUGGUGCCACAGUAGACUCCAGGAUCAGGAGUUUUGUGGUACGAAACUUUGAAACCUGUGGCCCACUCGGAAGAGGAGCAGGACAAGCAUCCGCUCCCCUGCUCGCAAGCCUGGCUGCCACACUACAGAUCUGUGAUACACCUCGCAGGCCCCGGUUCCCCCCCCCCUUGGGCAGGGGGGGUUAUCCCGGUCCCCACUGGAGGGAGCCGAUGUUUAGCAACAUACAUCAGCAGGGCCCGCAACAUGGCGGCCUCAGGGCCCUCAUCGGGCGCGACCACACUCACUGCUUGCAGGCAGCAUUACAAUCAGAUGCUUUACCUCGAAUCUCUGGACUAUUGCAGUGGAACUCUUCUAUCACCCGACAGAGUAAUUUUGGCUUACCUAGCCUCAGUACACAGAGCUUGGGUCUGGUCCCCAUGACAUCCUUCCUGAGCAUUGAGCCCCUAGAGGACAUUCCUUGAACCGCAGGAUGGAACACACUUGCCAGGAAUCCCGUUGUUGGCCAAUAAUGGUACCGGAACCGAGGGCGCAAGUUGUCGGCUCACACAGAGCCCGGGGCUGGUGUUUACUGGUGUUUACCAGUGGUGUUUACUAACUUCAGCUAUCCUGUUUACACUAAUUUGUUUUUCUUAAUGCGGGCACUGCUCCGCAUAUUGAUGUCCAUCUUCAAUGUUUUGGUAAUUAAUACCUGUGCACGCAGUCAUAUCAAUACUGUAAACUACUCAGCACUUACCACUGUAUAGCAGGAAUUACCGAUUUACUUAAUACUGCAGCUUAGCCUGAUUCAGAGAUAGACCAUCAUUGUAUAGCAUGUCAGCGUUUAUCGGCUAGCACAGCUUACAUAGAAAAGGGUGAUUUACAGUGCAUUCCAUGCUUACCGAUGUAAUCUCAUAGGCCCAGCAUACCCUCCAUGCCCAUUAAUACAGCUAAAUAUCUAAGAUGACUGUGCCUGCCUAGUCAGCCUGUAUCACAUUAAUACUUAAAAAAUUAGGUUGUUUAGAUCAGGAGUUAUUUACAUAUUGUUUUUAGUACAUUAUAUCCUGUCAUCUAAAGAUAUGUAUUAACUUUAAUUCCUUUCUUCUGUACUACAUUAACUAUAGCUCAAUAAAACUCGAUUGACCAAAAAAAAGAAAAAAAACUUUGUGUACGUGUACAGCUUUUAGUAGCAUGCGUGCAUGAAAAUAGUUUGAGUAGGUUGCAAAGAAAUGAAAAAAGAAAGCAGAUACAGAGGGAGAUGAUGUAGACAUAUGUUAUAUUUUAUGAUGAGCUCGGUAGAUCAAAUAUACACUAUUUGUUUCUACUAUGUUGAAGUUGUACUUUUGCUACAGAAUUGUAAUUUAUUUUUUUUGUAGAUCGUAAAUAAUACUAUUCUCAGAGUGAUGUAGAAUUCUAUAAACCUAAGUACAUAAUGUACCUACAUUAAAUUUUUUUUAAAUAUUCAGUUUGUGCACUUCACCAUGACAAAAUAACAUGGAGGGACAAAGUCAUUGGGUAUGGCUUUUAAUCAUAAUUCCAGGUGUCCCCCCGGUCCCAUUCAUUGGCAGUGGUUGAGGGCCCAAAUUAUAAUAAUUAGAAUAUUCAUCUCCCACCCAUGGACAGCAGGUGGAGGCUCUAAUGAAACAAUGGGUGGAUAUUGGCAUGUCUGUGGUGAGCCCUUGAAGGGCAAUGAUUGAUUAAUUUACUUGCAUCUUUUAGAAGGUUUGGCUAAGGGAUUGCCACCUGGGGGAAACCAUGAUUAGUCCUUCCUCUUGAAUAUUAAUAUAAGGGCCCCCACCCACUGCCUUUGGGGGGAGGGGUGACGCUCUCCCCCCUUCUUAUAUUAUAAUAGCACCCACCUGCUGAUCACAGGUGUCGCCAUGUUUGACAUAAGGAUGUCCCCUAUUUAUUUUAUUUGAUCUGUGCAUCCCUUGCAGCCCUUGUCAUUUCACCUUUUCUAGUGACUGGACCGCAAUGGCUUUCCAUUUGCUACUUUUAACAAGUUGGUAGAUAUGCAGGAGGUGGGGGCCUAAGGAGGUUUAGUAUUAAGGGUGUAAUCGUUUUGGCUGAAUUCAAGCCCGAAGUUGAGUCUGUCAGUCUGGCUGAAAUUUUUACCAAAUUGUUCAGAGCCUGUAUUGCCAAAUCCUGCCAAUGUUAAAUGUUUGGACUUUAGUGACUAACUCCAUAGGUGUCUGUAGCAAUGUGCAAUCUGAGAUUUAAAAACCUAAUCUGCCUAUUGAAAAAUAAAUAAAUAAUAUAACCCCGCCCCUAUAAGGUUCGUUUGAAAUCCAUAAAUAUGUUACCGCACUUGCAUAUAUUGGCAGUUUUUUCACAUAUUGCUUAAUAAGAGUCUUUAAACUAACUUUACAAGGAACCUACAAGGUUUGUUUGUAAUCCAUGAAUAUGUUACUGCAUUUGCGAUUUCAUGUAUUAGCAGUUUUUUCACAUAUUUCUUAUUAAACAAAAAUCUUUAAACUAACUUUUUUUUUCUGUUAUUCUUUGUAGGAAUCCCCCAGACAUCAAAGGGUAAGCAAUUAACCUAUUAUUAGUCAUUUGUCUUCUGUAACUAGAUUUAAUAGCAGUAUAUUAAAUCUUUGUGUUCUUCUCCCUCCUAUCAUUGAAAGCCUGAGCGUUUUUAAUGUGAUACGGCUAAUGAUUGACUUUCAAAUCUUUCCUCCUACAGAUAUCGCAAGUUUAAUGUGCUUGGAACACCACCCAAGGCAAUGGAGGAUUGCCAGGGAGAAGGGCUGAUGGUUGAAUAUAAACAUCUGGUAAGAGGAUCUUUUCUUUUGAGAUUUAACAUGUUCGAUGUUUUAUUGCAAAUGUGUGCAGGAUUUAAGUGUAAAGUUUAGUACAGGUAUUUACAAAAAGGUGUAAUGAAAUAAAUACAAAAAAUCAAGCAACAACUGCCUUUAGUGCACUUUCAGUUCAGCAUUUCUAAGUUUAAAUAAAGAUAUGACCUUGUUAAUUUAUUCUCUAAGGCAAACUCUGAAAGGUUCUAUAUUUAAAAGAAAAACAUUUGGCACUAAUGACAAAUUGGAUUCAUGAGUUUGAUUUAACAUAGUUUUCUUACUGGUACUGCAGUCAUCUCCUCUUAAGUUUCCUUUUUUUUUUUUUUUAAGAAAUAACAGGAUAGUAACAAGGACUGAGCGUACAGUCACAGGAUGCCUAAUCUCGGAGUGAAAAUUUGGCCUGAGGGCUCAGGACACUAACUCGGCUUAUCUUAGCUGUGAAUACUUAUUGCCGUGAACCUCAUCAUGGACAAAUUUUCACUCCGAGAUUAGGCAUCCUGUGACUUUAUGCUCAGUCCUCGUUACCAUCCAGUUUCUUCAACUGUCCUUCUCGUAGCAGCAGUGGGUGGCUUAGUGUCAGAGUAGGCUUUUUUAAGGGGUGCCCGCAAAGGCACAUUAGACUUCUACCGUUAUAUUAGUUAAGGAAUAUCUCUCCUCUCCCUUAUUUGUUGCUAUGUGCAAUAGCCUUUACUCUGAGUUUAGUUUAACAGUGUGUUCAUUUCAUUAUAUUAGUAAGUUUCUUAUCUUUGGCUACUUUCACUGUUACUAUAUUGCUACACCACCCAGCACUAGACCAUACAGGAAGGACUGUUUGUCUUGUUUGAUUUUGAUUUGUAUCCUAUCUAGUAUAUAUCUUAUUAGAUUUAUUUUUUUAUACAUAAUGAUAUUGUGGUGGACCACAAACAACAAAGUGGUCUGCAGUGCGAAUAGGUAAUACCACAAGUGAGAUGCAAUGCAUACACAGUGAGGAUAUAUAUAACCAAUAUAUACCCUAAAUAUUAGCAGGGUCAGACGGUAGUAAGCCCAGAUAUUAGGGGAGUCGAUGGUAGAAUACCUAUUGUGUGUCUGGAGGUACAGCAGGAGUUCCUUAUUGGGUUAAAAGAUGUUGAAACUGCGAUCCUGAGUGCAGAUAAUUCAUUGAUUUCUUGCUGCAUGAAGUGGUUCUUUUAUUAAUACAUAAUACAGCCAAACCAGUCACCCUUUCAGUCCUCUCACAGACUCUUUCCAAGACCUUGUGGUAUUACCUAUUUGCGCUGCACACCACUUUGUUGUUUGUUUUCACUUAUUGUUGUGGGAUUUUUUUGAUUAUUCCCAUUGAGUGUGUCCUAGCUGCUUAUCCUUAGCGCCAUGGAUUGUACUUUUUCCUUUUUGUGUAUUGUGACGGACCACCUGGCACCCUGACUGGGUGCAUCCGCCAAUCGCUGCUUCCUAGUGGUUACCAAGUACCACAAGCACUGCACCAGACACCAUUAGCACUGUAGUCCCUACGUCCAGCGGUUUUCGGGAGUUUCUGUGUCUGAUUUUAGUUCCCGGAACUCAAUGACCAAACACACUGCAUGCGUUAAUGCGAACAAGAUGGCUGCCACCUUGUGGUCGUUCAUGCGAAAAGCGGCCACCCAAACAAACAAUUAGAACACUGAGGUUAGUAUCAUUACUAACUGUUAAUAGGGUUUAACAAGCUCCCGGGUGGUCUCUGGUUCAUGCGGCUGUUCGGGAACCGAACCAUAUAAUCCCAAUUGCACGAACAGAGCAUUUUAAAAGUAUUUUAGCCAGGUCUAUUGCAGGUAGCCAUAGUCCUGGGGCAGGAGGCUGGCAAGCAGGCUCCUCCAAAAGCCUGUUUCGUUUUUCUUUUUCAUUCCUAGCUUAGAUAAUGCAUUGCAAAAGUAAAAACAAAAACAAACAAAAAAACUUGUCAAAUCAAAUAGCUUCCAUGAUAGGUCCGUUUUCUUUAGAUACACCAGCUUGAUACCAGGCUGUACAGAUACCAGUGCUGCCUUCAUGGGUUGUGAUCAUCUUGCCCACAGAUCCCUAAAAAGUGUUUUGCCUAUGCCGACUGAGUACAAUGUUAAAUGAGGGAUAUAUAGAGUAAUGCAUAUAUGCCUGAAUUAGAGGCUGUGAAAUGACUAUGUGUCUUGAUAUUCCCAUGUAUUGAAAAUAGAUGUUUUCGCUGAUUAGAGGCAUCUAGGAACAUGGCUGAACCAGAGAAAAUAUGCAAUCUUUUACCGUUUCAUAGAUCAGCAGUAUCUUUACAAUUACCAAAUUGUACCAAAUUGUUGUCUCCCACCACAGACCCUGAAAGAACAGAAAUCAGGUCCUGGAGGAAAGGGGAGCAAAGGAGCCAGUGAUGUAAGUAUUUAUUUCCUUUUAUGUUGUCUCUGACUCUGCACCUAGUUACCAUCAAAGGAUGAUAGCAGGAAAGGUCCAUCCAUAGUUAACAUGAUUACGGACAAUUCUGCUAGGGGCUAGAAUAUCAUAUUGGCAAUAUAAUUGUCCUUGCAAACUUGUUAAAACAUAAUUUGUCUGAGCUUUAUGAUCAUUUUAAUUGUAACCCCUGUACCUUUAGUGUUGCUAUAGUUUGCUGCUUAUUGCUUGAUUGCCAAAUGUUUUUGGUUUUAGGCAUCACUCAGUGUCGUGGAGGAACUUCACGUCAUUACUUUCACAACACUUUUUGACUAUCAAGAUUUGAAACUGAAUCUAGAGGUAAAUUGAAGCGGUUGAAUAUAUUUCAUUGUAUUCUUGCGGUGCUGGCCCAUGCCCAUGUCGCACACACUUGUAGAUUUCCCCAUACUGUUCCAUACAUUCCCAUUUCUUCUGUAUAAAUAACCAUUCUAAUAAUCUAAAUUUUUCCAUUUCGACAAUGCUUUUGUCUCAAGUGAUCUUUAUCCUCAUUGUAGGACUAUGACUUCAAGUUUGCAUUAAUGCCCAUAACACAACAAAUGUGUUUGCCUGAUCCUAUAGUGUUAAAAACAUUAUGUACCCCCCUCCCAUCACCCAUAGGAAAGCAUUGGAUUGGCUGAGACAGUCAAUUCUAAUAAUCUCAGGCAAUGAGGCAGGGUGGGGGCAGAGCCAAAUGCCGCCAUGACUAAUCAGCAUCUCCUCCUUGAUUCCUUGAAUCAGUGCAUCUCUAUGAGGAAAGUUCAGCUUCUCCAUGCACACUGUGCAGCACUGACCCAGAAAGCACCUCUGGUGCAAUGUAAAUGUUUUCUCCGAAAAGGCAGCGUUUACAACAAAAAGCCUGCAGGCACAUGGUUUAGUCUCCAGAACAACCACAUUAAACGGUAGUUGUUCUGGUUACUAUAGUGUCCCUUUAACUGUGCGCUAAAAAUAACUUUUAUAAACGUUUUUUCACCAAAGUUCUAAGUCUUUGGUAAUAUAGCAAUUGAAGAGUGCAUUUUCUAUCUUUAAAGGAAUUUGCAAUCAGUUGAAAGCCUUUACUAACAGUAUGUUUGCAUGUCAUUACUGUAGAUAGAACCAUUGGAAGCAUCCUCUUUCUCUGAUGCUGCAGGGAGAGAUACUUAAUGUUUAAUUGAAAAAUGCACUUUUCUCAUUUGAUAUAAGUUUAAUGUACAACGCAUCCCAUUAAAAUAUCACUCAAGUGUCUCAUUACAUCUUUCAGGCUGUUACACUGCCCUUUGUAGUAAUCACCAACGUCAGUCAGUUUGUAGGAGCUUGGGCCUCUGUCUUUUGGUUCAAUUUGUUGAGCCCCGACCCUAAGGUAAGAAAUAUAUAUAUAAAAAAAUUCUCUAACUAUGGCCUCGAUUUAAAGUAUUUAGAUAAGAUUUUCAAAUUAGUUAGUAUUUUGGAUAAACUUUUAAAAUUUUCAUAUUUUGAAUAUUAUUUACAUUUUUUGUUAUAUAUUUGUUAUAUCUUAAUAUUUUGAAAAAAAAACAUUUUAAAAGUUAAUUUAAAUAUAUUAAAUAAUUUGAUUGCAUUUUAAGACUACAGAACAAUGUGCACCACUUGUUUGUUGUUCCCAUAAGCUCUUUUCGGAGGUCUCUUUCAUGUCUGGGAUUUCUACCUCUUGGUUACUAUAUUUGAGUUUUCUGUGCCUCCCCUGUGUGGGAUAUUUUCUCCUGAUGUGUUCUUGUCUUUGAAUUGACCCAAAAAAAUCUUACAUAAAGCUUCUGCAAACCUAAUAAAUUAAGGCCUAUAUUUAUUAAAUUACUACAUCUCUCACGUGAAAACUUAACAGAACUUUUUAUUAAUAAACAUACUUUACACGAUCAGAGUGCAAUGGAAUAUAAAAUGCACAAUUGCAUUUAUUAUUAUUUAUAUAGUGCCAAAAUAUUCGGCAGCGCUGUACAACGUGUGGACUAACACACGUAUUUGUAACCAGACAAGUAAUGCUAGUUUAAUUAAAAAAAAUGAAUUAAAUUAAAUUUUUGUUCCUUUUUCUUUUAUUACCUGGUAAUAUCUGAAUUACUGCUGCUUUUACUCUUUCGAAAUAAUUAGAAAUAAAUAAACAUCGGGGAAAAAAAAUGACUUUUGUUAUUGUACUGCUGAAUAGUACAUUAUAUAUAUCGUUUUCAGGCAAAUUGCUUUUAAAAAUAAAACUAAAAAUCAAAGUGUGUGCACAUAUAAAUCAGCCAAUAACUGUAUAUGUGUGAGAAUAUUUAUAUUCAAGUAGACCUACGCAGUGUAAGACUAUGUAAAAUGUUUAUCAGAACUAACAACUAACAACUUCAUAUAUAAAUUUGUCUUUGUUUUUAUCUUGUGUUUAACUAAGUGAUAUUAUUAUUUAUUUAAUUUUCUAGGAUUUGACUUUUUUCUCCAAGCCUCCUCCAGCACCCUGGGUGUUAUUAGCAAAUGCACUAAGCUGGCAGUUCUUAUUUAGCACAAAGCGUGGACUGAAUCAAGACCAGCUACAAAUGCUGGGAAAGAAACUCUGUGGUAUGAGUCUACUAUGUAUAUUAAUCCGCAUGCGUGAUAUUUUAUAUAACAAGGUUUGCUUAGUCUUGGCACUGAUGUGAUAUUAUUAAUAUUAUUAUUACUGGCAUUUAUAAAGUGCCGACAUAUAGAGGGUAUUGGUAUUUGCAUCAUAGUUUUGAAUGUAUAGACAUCCAAUUGCACAGAACAGGGAACUGACUUCACAUGGUAGUAAUCCCAGAGAUGGGGGAAACUAGAAGUGGUAUGAUCUGGGGGACUUUUGGGAUUAGGUAUUGUGAUGGACCGCCUGGCACCCUGAUUGGGUACCUCCGUCAAGCUCGCUUCCUAGCUAUCACCGUGACAACAGUAGUGCUUCAGCCCCUAGCUGCCGCAACUUGGCUGGGUUCUCUCCAUCACUUCCCGCCCUGGAACAGGGUACUGGGUACAGCUUCAAGUGAUUAAGCUCUCCUGCAGAGAGUAUAGCUGAUCCACCCAAACACCAGCCCAGACUGAGUGAAGGGUGAAAAGGAUAAUAAAUACAAAAAACUGUGAAAUAUAGAUGCUUAAAAAUUAUUAUAGAAUACAGAACUCAAUUGGGAUAAGCAGCUCGACAUGUAACAACUAUUUCGAGAAAGAGAUAAAUAGGGAAAUAAUGGUGCAGUAUGUCUAAAUCUUAUAAAUGGUGGAGAAAAGACCAAAUGUAGCAAAUUCACAUGGCUUAGAGCCUGGGGAGGAUAGGCUCAAGUCACACACGCACGGGUAUUUAAAGACAAAACCAGACUUCUUCUAUAGUGACAUUCAGGUACUCCGAGAGGAGAAAAAAAUGGAACAAAGUCCGAGUGUAUUAUCCUUUUAAAUAUAUAUCACAAAUUAGAAUGGUGCAAAUACUUGCUCACCUUAUUGAGAGCCAAAGGUAACUGGGCUCUCAGUGUGUUUGGCACUGUGCCUUUAAGAGGGCACAACUCUUCUUGUAAAGCAGGAAGAAGAUGCUGCAGCUCAUAGGACUCAGUAAAAAUAAAAACACUUUAUUUAUAAACAAACAUAAAAUAUAUCUAUAAAAUACCAUCUAAUAAUGGUCUCUUUAAAAGUCCUUGCUGCCAGAGACGCGUUUCACCUUAUCACAAAAAGGCUUUCUCAAUCGGAAAUACUGUAAAACUAUGUCAAGGAUUUACCCUAUCCUCUUAGCAGGGCCCUGGUCACCAGUUUUUCUUGUUUAGCACAGUACUGUGGAAAUGUUUGUGGAGAGUAAAUUAUUAUGACAGGAAAUGGGAAGCAAAAAGGCCAUUUGUGAAGCAGAAUAAUAUUGUCUGUCUUAAUAGUAUAAUUUGGAAUGGGCUCAUGUUUAAAGAGACACUGUAAACACUGUAACUGCUUUAUCUCAAUGAAUUGGUAAUAGUUUCUGAAGUCACAUGCUGUCCUUCCAUUUAGAAUAAAACCAUUUUUAAUGUUUUAGUGCCAAGUGAGAGUCCCCAAGCAGCAAUUGGCAGUUGUGAUCUGCUGAGGGUGUCAACUGACCAGAUUUAGGCUAUCACAAUGCCCAUUGCUGGUAUAAAUUGCUUUUGGCUAGCGUGAAAUCUCUGCCAUAGCCAUAUCUUUAGUAGGGAACUGGAACUGUGGGUGGCCAGGGACCCUUAUUUAGUGUAAAACUGAUCAAAAUGGUUUUACAUAGAAUGUAGGGGGGCAGUGCCAGAAUACUCUAGGCAAUAUAACCAAUUUAAUGAGAUUGAACGGUUGUAGUGCCUAUAGUGUCCCUUUAAGUGUAUUUUCUGCAGGCUAUCAGGAGGGUUAGCCGGUGUCUGCUGGGACCAUUGAAAGUAAGAAGGGACAAAUGACUGUAUAACGUCUUACCUACCCUCUGUUAUUUUUUUAUUAACUUAGCUUUAUGUUAAUUUUAGGGACAGAACUGCGAGAGGAUAGCCAAGUGUCAUGGAGCAGGUUUUCCAAGGUGAUUUAUGUUUGUCCUACCCGGUUCUUGUCUUGUACUUGUUUUUUUUUUUUAUUGUUUUUUUAUUAGUUUGUUCACUUAAAUACAACCAAGUGUGACACCGUGCAUAAGAGUUUAAGUCCUUUGCAUAUUUUUUAGAGUGGCUGUCUCAAUUGUUUGCUAACAUUUUACUUCUUAGUGUGUGUGAAACAGAUGAGUUAUGCACACAUGGUACAUUAUAAUUUUUGUCAAUCUUCAUGUACAUUUUAUUUGGAUGUAGGCUCAGAACAACUUUAUCAUAACAUGGUCACAUGCAUGCUAGCAUAUGUCAAAUACCUACAUGAAGGUGGCUUUGUUGUGUAUGACAGGGACACUUAAAUAUGCUUACUUUCAGAUUUGCAACAAUUUCUUGCUUUGAGUGUAUUAAUUGAAUGCAUACUUUUGUGCUGCUUAUAAUGUUCUUAAUUAUUAUACUUAUGUUACAGGAGAACUUGUCCAGGGUCUCAUUUACUUUUUGGACAUGGUUUGAUGCCAUCCUCGCCUUGGUGAAAAGCCAUUUGGAAGGCAUAUGGAAUGAUGGGUAUGUAUGUGAUUGCUUGUCACAAUCUCAUUACUGUUAAAAUAUGCUUCAAAAAAUUAAACAAAGAAGUGAGUGGAUAACUGAUGCACUGCUCACCAAUUCCACCCUGAGAAGAACAAAGCUUGCCCACACAUCCAGUCUGUACCAUGAGUGACCACCCUGCAGUGUGGGGGGAAAAACCGUGCCGUAUCGGCUUAUGCCAGCCCAUCUGCAGACGUAGCAGGAGUCACACCAAAUGACUCAACCAGGCAGGGCAAGACCACUACAAUGAAACACACACAAAUCAAACUAUGAAUCAUGAAACAACACUUUUCAUCCAUUGAAUGUGUUGUUUGUUUCCUGAUACGUCCAUUUGAUGCUUUGGAGUUGCGGAAUGUGGACAACCAGUUGAAACCAAAUGCACAUGUCUACUUUUCUACCCUUUUUUAUUUUUCAGUUAUUUAUUUGUAGGCUAUAUUACAUCUUCAGUAUACUGUCAGAAUAUCAAAAUGUUUUUGUUCAUUCCAUGUUCCAUAAUCCCAUAUGGUUUUAAAGUCUUUAUUAAAAAAACAAGUCCCAGACACUCACUAUUUAAGUUGAGUUUAUUCACUAUACACCAAAUUAUACAGUAAACUGCAAAAUCUAGGCAAAUUGGGCUGCUUUUCGUUUUUUAAAAGAACAUUUAUGCGACCAUGCUAUGGUAUUUCCGAUCUGUCUUUUCUGUGCAGACGUUUAAGGAGAAUAAGUCAAUCUAAGCAUAACACAUACACCAUUAAAACACCAUACUUGUGAUUUUUUUUUUUUAACCAGAUUUAAGGUUCUCUCCCUGUUCUUUUGUCACUUACGCAUUCUCUCUACAUUUUCUGUUUUUUCAGUCAUGUAAUGGGGUUUGUGAGUCGUAGCAAAGAAGAGAACCUUCUGAAGACAAAGAUGGAUGGCACUUUCCUCCUACGUUUCAGUGAGAGUGUUCGUGAAGGAGGGAUUACCUUUUCUUGGGUGGAACAUCAAGUAAAUGGUGCGUGAAACUAGGCUUGGAGUCAAAACCUCAGAGUAAUUUGGGAGUCCUGGAAAGAAAUGUUUAAAUGUAUUUUUCAUUUCAGUAUGUGUUUAAAUGUAUUUUUCAUUUCAGUUGGAUAGGAAAACUUAAAAAAAUAUUUUUACCAAAUGUCAGGCAAGAAAACCAUAUUGUAAGGCAAUAUAUAUAUAUAUAUAUAUAUAUAUAUAUAUAUUUAAAUUUAUUUAAUUAUUUAUUUUAUUCGGGUGAUUCAUAGCAGUGGAACAAGAUAAAAGACAUUCAUGAUAAGAACAUUGCAGUUGUACAUGAGUGAUAUCGUCUCAUGUACCCCCCCCCCCUUUUUUUUUUAUACAUCUAGAGUUUAGCUAAAAGUGCACAGGAGUGAGAGAUCAUUGAGUAUUGAGGGCGUUUAUCUCCAUCUCUAUCUAUUUGCGAGUUGCGGUAUAAACCGUGAGUGACUAUGGUUGUAGAUUAUAACUCCUGGUCUUGGUGCUAAUGCCCCCUACCCUAUCAUGCCGUGUGUGUGGGGGGGAGGGUAGCUUUCACGUUGCGUGACUGUUUAAACGAGUCGGAUUGUAUUACAUGUGGGAGCAACAUUUACAUUUGCUAAACUUUGGCACUAUUAGGCAAAACAUAUCAUUCCUCCUAGAGGCAGUGGCGGAAAACGAAAUGCAUAUUAAAAUUACAAGAGAGUAGCAAGAAAUAAGAACUUAACAGAAAAAACGUAUUAUAGGCUAAUGUCCAGUGCAGAGUCAGGUCCCCGAGUCACUGGUACCGCUGGGCACAAAUGGGUUGACUCUGGAUACGUCCCAGGUUUGUCUUGUGUCUGUCAUUGUAGUCUGGGACUGUAGUCCAAGCGCCUGGAGGAAAGCAGUUCCCUUUGUGGGAUCCUGGGCUCUGAAUGUCUUUCCAUUUUGGGUGACCACGUAUACGGGAGACCAGCACUUUGCAGGGUUUUCGUGAUCGGCUGCAGGGUUGCAGGGUUUUCGUGACCAGCACUUUGCAUCAGUUUUUCGUGAUCGGCUGCUUAGGUCCUGGAAGAUAAGGCUUUGUGACUCGAAUUGUAGUGGGGUCUUAUCCUUCACUGCGUUGAGGAGCUUUUGUUUGUUGGCCCGAGUUUGGCAGCAUAGAAUAAUGUCCCGUGGGGGGGCCUUAGCUGGAGCUUGUGAUGACUUAGCUAUGCGGUACAUGCCGUCAAAGUUGAUUUGCUUUGCAUUUUUUGUGGGCAUGACAGUGGAGACUAGGCGCCUGACAAAGUGGGGAAGUUCCUCAGGUGACAGGGAGUCCGCCACUCCGCGGAUCUUGAUGUUUCUAUUCCGCGCUCUGUCCUCUAAUUGAGCUAUCUUGACACCUUGGUAAGCUUGUGCUGUUUGGAGUUGUUGCAUGGUUUCAUUGAUGGCGGCCAUGCCCUGUUUGAAGUCGGUGAGAUCAGCUUCUGUCGCUUGGACCCUGUUAGUGACUGCCUGUACCUCUGUUCGUACAGUUUUGAGCUCGGCCGAGAACAUUUGCUGGAUGUACACUAAUAAGUUGUGUAUGUCCUGUUUGGUGGACGGUGCGUUGCCAUCCACUAUCGCCGGAGCCUCUGGCAUGGAGGGCGUCUCUGCAGGUGGGUCUGCAAAGGGCAUCUGUUUACUCGCGGGCACUUCCCCCACUUAUCGGAGGUGAGUAUGCUCCGGUAUCUUUGAUUUCUGCAGCGUUAAAGUCGCUUUUAUCAGGAUUUUUCGCUGAGUUGUCUGGAGGUACGUCUACCACGGAGCGCUGCUUAGCUUCGCCCCACAUCGUAAGGCAAUAUGUAUGUAUUGUAUAGUUAUAGUCACAUUGCCAUGACAUUGGCCAUACCAUACCCCCUUCAUUGCAGCCAUGUUGCUUCUUUGGGCAUGCACAUACUAAUACAUGCACACAAAUAUAUACACUGAUACAUGCACAUAUAUACACACUCUGAUACAUGUGCACAUUUACACACAUUCACCGAUACACUCACUGAUACAGCUGACAGGAAAGACAACCACACACAGAUACACGUUCUCAGACACAUACAUGUACACAAUGUCAGAAAUAUAUGUACGGGUUCACAUAGACAUCAAAAUACACUAUCAGAAACACACACUUGUUGACAGACACACAUACAUUUUGACAGGCACAUACACUGUCAGACAUAUACAUGCUGACCAUCACACACACUUUAACCUGGCGGUGUAGUGGCAAUAGUGUGCUAUAACUCUUGACAGCAACCAUCAUGCUGCUUCCCUGUAGUGUAACUUCACGGAGUAAUGGACAGCUGUGUAAGUUGUGUAACGCCGCCCCUUCCAAAUUUCUCUUCCUGGCAGACAAGCCCUCACUGACACAUGCACUGACAUACACUCACUUAUAGUUACACAGUCAUUGUCACACACACUGUUUAACCAACACACACUUUCACUGACACAUACACAUUCACAGACAUACGCACUCACUCACAUUCGCUGACAGCCACGCAUUCUCCGACAGAAACAUACACACUCACUGUUAAGACACACAUCCACACUCACUGACAGAAAUGCAUACACACUCACUGUCAGACACUCACACACUGGGACACACACAUACUCAGUGACAAACACACAUAAACAACACUCACUGAUAGACACACAUUAACACGCCUCCCUACUUUUGGGAGUACUGGAGUGAAUUCUUCCUUGGAGUCCAGUGGGGUUGCUGCUGGCUGGGAUGGCAGACACGUGGUCAGGCGGGCGGUCAACAGGCAACAGAGGGUUGUACUCAAUGGAGUAUAUUCGAAGCAUGGGUUUGUCACCAGUGGGGUACCUCAGGGAUCUGUACUUGGACCCAUUCACUUUAAUAUUUUUAUUAGUGAUAUUCCAGAAGGUCUUGAUGGUUAGGGAUGUCUUUUUGCUGAUGAUACUAAGAUAUGUAACAGGGUUGAUGUUCCAGGAGGGAUAAGCCAAAUGACAAAUGAUUUAGGUAAAUUAGAAAAAUGGUCAGAGUUGUGGCAACUGACAUUUAAUGUGGAUAAGUGCAAGAUAAUGCAUCAUGGAUGUAAAAGCCCAAGGGCAGAGUACAGAAUAUUUGAUAGAGUCCUAACCUCAACAUCUAAGGAAAGGGAUUUAGCGGUAAUUAUUUCAGAUGACUUAAAGGUAGGCAGACAAUGUAAUAGAGCAGCAGGAAAUGCUAGCAGAAUGCUUGGUUGUAUAGGGAGAGGUAUUAGCAGUAGAAAGAGGGAAGUGCUCAUGCCAUUGUACAGAACACUGGUGAGACCUCACUUGGAGUAUUGUACGCAGUACUGGAGACCGUAUCUUCAGAAGGAUAUUGAUACCUUAGAGAGAGUUCAGAGAAGGGCUACUAAACUGGUUCAUGGAUUGCGGGAUAAAACUUACCAGGAAAGGUUAAAGGAUCUUAACAUGUAUAGCUUGGAGGAAAGACGAGACAGGGGGGAUAUGAUAGAAACAUUUAAAUACAUAAAGGGAAUCAACACAGUAAAGGAGGAGACUAUAUUUAAAAGAAGAAAAACUACCACAACAAGAGGACAUAGUCUUAAGUUAGAGGGGCAAAGGUUUAAAAAUAAUAUCAGGAAGUAUUACUUUACUGAGAGGAUAGUGGAUGCAUGGAAUAGCCUUCCAGCUGAAGUGGUAGAGGUUAAUACAGUAAAGGAGUUUAAGCAUGUGUGGGAUAGGCAUAAGGCUAUCCUAACUAUAAGAUAUGGCUAGGGACUAAUGAAAGUAUUUAGAAAAUUGGGCAGACUAGAUGGGCCGAAUGGUUCUUAUCUGCCGUCACAUUCUAUGUUUCUUUGAUGCCGGAGUGACAUCAUAUUCCGGCUCCUGCAUCACUGGGGAGCUGAACAGGGGAGAGCUCAGGGAACAGUGCUCCCUCACGUGCCCCGCAACAUCAGCGCAUGCCAGCUUCAGGGGGUCCUUGAGGUGGACCCAGGACAAGAAGCUGUCAAGGCAUUUGGCAUUUGUCAGGGCGAUUGAGAGGGCGGCUUUUUUGCCAACCCCCUGGAAGUGCCGCCCAAGAAAAAUGCCUCGUCAGCCUCGCGGUAAAUACAGCCUCGUGGUAAAAACACCACUGGUAACGGUAGAAGGGAAGAGUGUGCUACCAGAAGUUACAGCACACUCACUGUGCCCUCAGCAAGCUCUCCAGCCCCUAUCACCUUCAGCCCCCUCUGUUUACCUUCUCUUCUUGGUGGGAGGCUGUGUCUAGCAACUCCCUAUAAAUAGAGAGAGAGCAGAGGAGACAUUUUUUUUUUUUUCCCAAAAUGAAAAAAUAAAAUUGAAAAUAUAUCACAGGUGUGUACAGUAACCUAGUUCACUUAGAUGCCACGCUGGAUUAAACAUACCAAGCCUUUCUGUAUUUACUUAAUGGCAAAAGAUGGAUUUUCCCUUUAAGAAUCCUGAUGUAAUCACCAUCAAAAAAGAAAUUGUUAAAAAUAAAUAAUUGCCCCAACAACUAAAAAUAAACAAAAUCAUAUACUUUCACUUACAAGGAUGGAAACCUAUCCAUAUGCAUUUCUUAUAGGGACAUUGAAGGCACCCAGACCACUUCAGCCCAUUGAAGUGGUCUGGGUGCCAACUCCCAUCACCCUUAACCCUGCAAGUGUAAUUAUUGCAGUUUUUCUAAACUGCAAUAAUUACCUUGCAGGGUUAAUUCCUCCUCAAGUGACUGUCUACCAGACAGCCACCUGAGGGACUUCCGGGUUCUUAGACGACUUUUGUUCGUCUAAACGACGCUGGAUGUCCUCACUCUAUGCAUGAGGACCUCCAGCGUCACCAGAAUCCCCGUAGGAAAGCACUGAAUAAUGCUUUCCUAUGGGGAGAUUCUAAUGUGAAUGCUGCCAUUGCCGUGCAUGCGUAUUAGGUCUCCCCCAUCAGCGGACGUGGGAUGGAUGGAGGGUGAGGGAGGGGGGCACUCUAGGAUUCUACAGUUCCGGGAAAAAGGGGUUGGUUUUCCUGGCACUUGAGAAUCCCUUUAAUAGAGUUUGAGAUGUUCCAAACAAAACUGAACAGUAAUUGCAUUUGACUGCAGCAUUUCAGUUUCCUUUUGCCCGCUUUAUGUCAACUUUUGACUGCACUGACAUUUGUUCAGUACUUUACUGAUGUUACACAUAUAAAUGAUAAAUACCUACUCAAUGAAUGUGGCGGAAAAGCAAUGGCUGUAGUAUACAACGAACACUCGAUCUCUCUAAAACUGAGCUUCUUAUUUUUCCUCCAUAUAAUUCUGAUCUUCUUUUUUCGCUCUCCAUGCAAGUUGAUGGUACCUGCAUCAGCCUGUCCUUGCAAGCUUGCUCCCUUGCUGUUAUCUUUCAUCAUGGCCUCACCUUUGUGCCUCAUAUCCAACAUGCUGCUAAAUCCUGUAGAUUCCACUUUUAAAACAUAGCCUGCAUCCACCUCUUUCUUACACAAGAUGCUGCCAAGGAGCUUGUGCAUGCUCUAGUAAUUAAUUGCUUGGAUUACUGUAAUUCUCCCCUAAUUGGUCUCCCUAGAAGCCGUACUGCCCUGAUACAAUCUGUAAUGAAUGCUGCCACCACUUUGACCUUUCUCUCCGUUCACUAUUCUCAUACCUUACCCCUCUGUCGAUCCUUACACUGACUUCCUGUAUCCUAUAGGUGUCAAUUUAAAAUGCUAACCCUUACCUAUAAACCUUUAAACAACUAUAGCCUUGUUACGUUUCUUUACUGAUUCAUAGGUAUGCCCCUUCACUGUCUCUCUGCUCUGCCGGUGACCACCUCCUCUCUGCUCCUCGCACUCUCAUUACUAACUCAUACUUGCAGGACUUUUCACGGGCAGGUCCUUUCAUUUGGAGCAGCCUGUCUACCCCCAUUAGACUCUUCCUUAUUCUUCAAUCUUUUAAGACGUCCCUCAAAACCCAUAUGUUCAGAAAUGCUGGUGGCCUCACUGUAACCUCACAAAUCUGUCUCUGGCUCUCUUCUGAAGAGCCACACUUCACUUUCACCUCCAGUCCUGUUACAUUCCCACCUUGUUUGUUUUCUUUGUACCCCUUGAUGCCCUUCCUAUUGUGUCUUUAUACUUCAGUCCUCAGGGCUGUAAGCUCGUCUGAGCAGGGUCCUCAUCUACGUAUUGUUCCUGUAUAAUUUGGGAAUUAUGCCUCUUAUUGUUAAAUUCCCCACCUUUCCAUAAUAUUGUAAAGCGCUGCAGAAUAAAUUGGCACUAUGUAAAUACCAAUAAUAAUAAUGUAUGGCCAUCUGAUAACUGUCCAUUUUUUUAUCUACAGGAUCCUACAUAAUCCGCUCUGUUGAGCCCUACACGAAAAGGGAGCUUUUGCAUAUCCCUCUGACUGAGAUCCUCAGAAACUACCAACUAAUGGCUGAGGAAAACAUUCCUGAGAACCCUUUGAAAUACUUGUACCCAAAUAUUCCAAAAGACCAGGCAUUUGGGCAGUAUUAUGAGCAUAGAAGUGAAAGUGAGUAAUCUGCUUCCUCUUUGUGUGCUUGUUGAUGUAGAGUGCUCAGACACAAUAGCAAAGUAUAUAGCAUGUUAUGUAAGUGACUUUAAAAAGGUCCGAUGUUUUAGCCCAUGUUGCAGAACCCUACACGUUCCUCUGAUGUAUGACAUGACCCUACUCUUUCAAGGAACACUAUCUUUUUUUUAUGUAGCAACUAUAUUUAGGGGACUCUCUGCAGAACAGGUUUUUUAUUUUGGGUAAAGCAGGAGCUAAACACUCCUUGGUUUCACCUCACUCUAUUAAUACAUAGGAAAAAAGGUACAGCACAAGUACGAAGUAUACGAUUUAGUGUUCUAUAUUUAUAGUGUUUCAUAUUUCACUGUGUAAUAAAACUAUACUAGAAAUUCACCAGCUGUGCCUUCUUUUCAGUUCCACUACCAAAUUGCUUAAUGUUAUUAUAUAGCAUUGGGAGGGGGCCUGACUGCAUGUUACAAGAACUGCUCAUGAAAUCCAUUGAUUACGCUAAGAAUAUAUACAUAUCACUAUUUACGGAGGUCGCCUUAUCUUUAUUGCCUUGGGAACUCUUUCUAGUUGCUUUGGACAGUUUCAUAUUAUUAUUAUGGGUGUCCCUUGGACUUUGCAAAGGAGGCCCACUUCUUGACCUAAGAUAGUAGCUAUUAAUACUUUACUACAGCCACCAGCAGUUGAUAUGUAGCAGAGGUGGGAAGAGGCCUUUCUUCUGGCAUAUCACGAGGUCUGUGCUGGUUUAUGAAACACAAGAAGCUGGCACAACAGCUUACCUUACUUGGUACAGAGCCGGCUUGUCAGUGUUCUUCGGUCCUACACCACCUUCCCAGGCAGGGACUCAAAGGGAAAGAUACACCUGAGUAUAUUUCACAACCUGGAGGAGCUCUGUUCCAGGGACUCUCUCUGGACUUUGCCCUGUGCAUAUGGCGGGGAGAGGUAUAUGGCAGGGAGAAGUAAUUUGACAUGGCAUGUUGGCUCCUGAAAAUGCUUGGGGCUGGUGAUGUGAGGGCUGGGGUUGUAAACAUGCCAGUUUUACUAGGUCUGGCAGUAUGCCAAAUUUUCUGCAGCUACCAAUACACCUUACCUAGUUUGCAUAUAGUUUAAAUUACCACUAUCUACUGCCCAAUGGUUAGAUUAAUUAUUCAGACAGUAGCUUUUCAUCCUUUGUUUGCCUUCUGUUAGUUUGUUUUGCAAGUCCAGUAGUUGUUAUAACCAAUCGCUAUAGUAUGCCUAUCUCAUGGAUUUAAAUCAAGGCCAUGUGUACCAUAGCUUUAUAAUUUAUGUGCAUCUCUCUUGACAUGUAUAUCACUUGAUACUUCCUUGUAACAUGAUAUGCAGAUCGAUCAGAUUGUUUUUUUUUUUUUCUUGUACUGCAAGUUAUUCCAUUUUACUCUCGUCUGAGAUCCUGCAAAUAUACAUUUACAAAAAUGCAAAGAAAAACAAAUUACAAAUGCUCUUUUUUUUCCCCUUUAAAAUAUUUCACUUCUCUUCUUCUGUCAUAUGUUUGUGUUCCAUUUUUUUUUUUUACAAAUCUUUUACUUCCAAUGUAUAAAAGAGGUGCAAAUUGCUCCUUUUCUUUCCGACAAUAUUUCUGCUGCUGUCAGCUUUUCUUAGGUAAGCAGCUUUCGUAAUCUUCCUUUUUUUAAAUGUAUAAAAAAUCCUUCAUAUUGCAAAUUUGUGGCCUUUUCUCCUAUUUAUAACACUAAUUAAUUUGUCUCGUUUUGUGAAUAAAAUCUGAAAAAAAAGAGGUGGAAAGACAAACUAUUGUGGAACACUACAGAAAAGGCAGAGAUUAAGGCACCAAUUUGUAAAUGGUGGAGUGCUUGUAUUCUGUAUAAGAAAAUGAUGCUUGCACAAAAAAGUAAAGCAAACGUGUCAUGUAUUGAUUUGGCAGCAAUUGUAAAUGUAGUAGUCGCCUGUCAUCUGAUAGCAAUUUGUGUAAAAUACACGACUACAAAUGAAUACAUUUGUAUGAUGUUAAUUGCAUGUGUUUUUUUUUUUUUUAAUUCUUUAUUUUUGUGGGUAUACGAGAGUUAAACACGUAGUACAUUAUGUGCAAAACGAAAGUGAGAUAACAUGUACAAAAUACAUUUAAGAUAGUCUUCAUAUAACAUUCGUGUUUGCAUAGAAACUUUGCAACCGAUUUUUAAUAGGUAAAGCCCUGCAUUUCUCCCUCGUGUUAGUGGCCGCUAAGGCGUAUGGCUUCCAGGGGCUAGUAUACAGCAUUAUGUGCUCUGCUUAGGAAUGUUGGGGCUGUAGGCGCAGCCUGGGCACUUGGAUUAUUAGGUGAGGUAGUGUGGUUAUUAUGGCCAUUGGCCGUUGAUAGGAGUGGUGCAGGUCCUCGCAAGUCUCCCAGUAGGGCGCUUGUACACAGAAGUUCGGGCCUCUGCAUUUGCUUCGUGUUAGGGGAGGGGCAAGUCUGCUUAACCAGGAUCGGUGGGAGUCUUUUACGGAGCCAGAGAUUUAAAUAUAUCUGUUGCCCUGUAACCUUCAUAAACUUAAAAAACAAACAAAAAAUAAACUUUUAAGACCUUAGAAAACUUAAGAAACUUUGAGAAAAGAAACCAAGAACCAAAAAGUCACUGCUUCUAAGGUGAGCAAAAAGACUAGGUAAGUUCAGCAUAUGAAAGGUGUCCAAUUUAUAGUCCUGCAGUAAGGGACCUAUCAGACAUUUCACGGGUGCACUUGCAUGUGCGGUCGCGUUUCUCAUGUUAAAGGAUCCGUCAUCUUCGGCUCAGUUCCUCUGGGCACAAAGGGAGUUAUAUCAUCGACAUUCCACGCUGGGCUGGCCCUUGUCGCUGCUGUAGGAAGCGAGAGUCCCAGUGACUGGAGAAACUUAGGCGCUUCAGAUAUGCGUGUCAAGUGGGCCGUCUUACCGGCGUGCUCUAUGGUUAAACGAUGAGGGCCUCAUUUAUAGGGGAUAGAGUUCUCGCCCAGUAGCAAGGUGAUGUGGCGGAGAGACCUGCGCCAGGUGAGAGUGUGCUUUGAGAAGUCUCUGUAUAGGGUCAAACUUGCUCCCUCAAACAUGAUGGUGGGAGAGCCUCUCGCGGCUCCCAUGAGAGCCCCCCGGUCCGAGUCCCGGACAAAUUUAAUUAACACAUCCGCUGGUGCUUCUUGGGGCGCUUUGAGUGCCUUGGGGAGGCGAAAGCAAGUGUCGAUCCCUACCUGCUUCGCUUGUUUGGGAGUCAGUAAGGUUGCCACCAGCCUCCUACAAUAGUGUGGUAAUUCCAGGUUUCCCGCCGAUUCCGGCACUCCCCGGAUUCGCAGGUUUCGGGCUCUAGUUUUGUCUUCCAUGCCCGCUAAUUGAGUGGUCAGCGCCGCACAUUGUUUUUGCAACUGUCCCAGGGCAGCGUCUGUCGCCACUUGUGCUACUCUCGCGCCCCCGAGGGACUCCUCAACGGAGACCACCCGGCCUGCAAGUGUGGAGACCUCCCCUCGGACAAGUGCCAUGUUGGCAUCAAACAUCGCUUUGAUGUUUACCAUCAGUGCCUUGAUGUCGGCUUUCGUGGCGCGUGCUGCGUCGCCCAAUUCUUUAGGCUGCUGGGGUGUAAUAUGCACCUUACUGGAAACGUGGAAGGAAUCGAGUGCGCUGUCAUCGUCGGAUGACUGUGUGUCGAAGGCCUCUAUCGGCGCCAUCUUGCCAGGUACGUGCAGCUGCGUAGGGUGCAUAAAAGUGCCUAUAUCUUUGGAUCCCGAGCCAGGAUCUGCUCUGCUCUUCUUCGUUUUCUUCCCCAUAGUGUGGGGUGUCUUGGGGAUCUAUUUGUCGGGUCCCAGAGGCGGUUUUUGUCGCUUGGAUAUCCCUUUUUCUGGGUCUCACGCUCGGAGCUGUGGUGAGUUGCGACUUGCUCGUUUAGGCGCUGGCUCCGCCCCCCAAUUGCAUGUCUUUAUCAGAUGAUACUGUAUUGUGUGUAAAAAGCAGUGAGAGUAAGGAGGUAGACUACCAAGACAGAUCUUUUUACAGCAUAUCAUAUUCUUAAAAACAUAAUCAUAAGUCAAUUUAAAAAGAACAUGGUAGCGUUCGGAAUACAGAUAUCUGUAUUCUGAAAGCUACAGUCUUUGAUGGAUAAACAUGCCAUUGUAUAUAUAAUAGAUUGUAAUUGUACCACCCAUUGGAAAGUUGAUUUGAAACAGUCCUAAUUGAGUCUCCACUGUAAGCAGUAUUUGCAAUGACAAAAAUUCUACUUUACAUCUCUCCAAGACAGGUAUAUUGUUAAACAGACUGCACACUUUAUUAAAUAUCGUUGUACAUUAAAAACAAGGUACAAUAAAUCAACAUAACAAAAAGAGUAUUUUAUAUUCAAUAUAUAAUACAUGCACGUAACAAGGGUUGAAAAGAAAAAAUAUGUCCCCAAUGGUUCAGUAACAUUCUACCUUGAUGUGGUAAUCUUUUCUAAAUAUUGUAGGCAACGCACUUCAGCCGUUCCCUCAAAGAAUAUGUAAAUAUCUUGUUGGCUCACAAAAAGUCAGUUUACUUUGUUGUUUCCAUGCACACAUGGUCAGAUUCUUCUGUUUUAUUUUUAAUAUAUACAAAUGAAUCCUACUGGGUUAAUAAUUUCCCUUGAAAGUUGGACAUAGGAAAUGUAUUAGAAGGGCUUCCCCUGGGUUUUAUUACUGACACAAAACACCAUUGGAAUGUUCCAAGGCAGCAAAACAGGUCAGGAUGCACUGCUGCAGGCUGGUGAUACGAAGCAAUGGCACAGAGUUACAGUGAAAUGUAGUUACCACUAAGUCAUGUAAAGCUCUGCAGUGUAUACACAUCUUAAAUAUUAAAUCAUUGGGUUGUUUUGUACUUAUCAGAUCUCAAUUGAAAGCUGGCUAUUCAUGUUAGUUACAUAAAAACUACUUUUAAUUGUCUUUGUUAAUAUAUUGUCUAAUUUCUUUUCCAGUUACCUCUGAGUAUGAGAAGUACCUUAGACGCAAACUGAUUAUUGUUUCAAAAAGGUAGGUAAUUUUUAUGUCCCAAGUGCUCCUUCCCUGGCAAAUACGUCUACUGGCCGUGCUUUACCUUUCCUGUCUAACUGCUAAUCCCUCUACCCACUAUCCACUAAUGUUAUGUCACCUCUGCCCCACUGCCCACUCCUUUCUGACUGCUACUCUUACUUCUGUAAUGUAGGAGUCUCAAACUAUUGGUGUAGGAGGGAAGCAAGCAGCAUAUCAAUUACCAGACUGUCUUGUCAGGCACCUGGCAACCAAUACCAAUUGUCCAGUGUGUAACCGGACAAUCAAGCAGUUAAGUUGCUGGCUGCUUAUGUGGCCAAGCAAAGAAGAAACGACCCCAAGAGAUAAAAUCCCCAAGGGUCAUAGGUUUGGAAGUCCCUGGAAGUACUGUGUAUGUUUAUAUUAAAUUAAAACAUAACUUUUAUUCAUCUCUAUAUAAUAAAAAUUGUAAUACAAGUGCUCGUGAUUGUGAAGCUUAUGCAACAAAAAGAAAAAAAGAAAAGAACAGGCUAAUAAAUCAUAUACUGAUUCAACCCUAUGAUAGAUGGGAGCCCAGAUAGUGAGCUUACAUCGUAUCAAAAAAUCACACCAUAAGGGCAUGUCCUAAGUAAGGGUCCGUAGCUCUACAGAGAAGGGAUAAGCAGUGCGUGCUCUAGUCUUCAGUAAUUUAUAAAUUAUGGUAAGAGGUGUCUCAAGCUAAUCGCACUUAUGCACAUCUAUGGUAUGUGCCAAAAUGUCACCUUCUAUGUUGACCCUAAUAGGCUAUAAUAACAGCAUAAAGUAGAUACCCAGUAGCCAGCUCUAAGACUAAUAAGUCACUGAUAUCAAUAUUAGAUCUGAAAUUGUAUCAGGUGAAAAAAUGCUGAAGCCGGCUAAGCUAAUGAUAGUGAUAGCCAGUAACUAUAUACACUGUUGCAUAGGAUAACCUCCUAAAAAGAAACCACGUUCCCAGAUUCUAAACUGAAUUGACAGUGGUGAAAUGAUGCAAACACGCAAGACCUGGCUGGUUGAAAGGAAGGCUGUCCCACCUUACACAGUGGAAAAACAUCCGGUAUAUAAGCAUAGCCUCUAGGGUCAAAUAGAUAAACCUGAAGGUAGACAAUGGUCCAAGGGAAACCCUACAUCGGUGCUGUCAUGCCAGGAAUACCCCGCAUUAAGUCCCCCACCAUAGCCUUAGAUCCCAGAAAGAGCUAAACGGCUAAGGAAAUAAAGUUAGAAAGCCUGUCUGCGAGCCUGCCUGACACGUGUUUCGGCGCUGCUAAAGUGCCUUCGUCCGAGGCAUAGUGGAGGAGCUCGUCAUCCCGGAGUCAGAUUUAAAAGCUAUAUGAUCCAAUAGGAUGAGGAGGCGUGUGAGCCCAGUUGCCGCCAGAGUCUGACGUGGAACUAGGUCACGCCCCCAGGGUGCGUAUCGUAGUGUGAUUGGUGGAGGGGGAGUGAGUGAAUAUCUGAGUUGGUGUUAACCCCCUCUGCUCCGUAGGACAGGAGGUAUGAGGUCCCUAAGAAAUCAUUAGGGACCAGUGUCCAUCCCAUCCAAUCCUUAAAGUAUGGUCCAUUAUUCGCGGAGAGGUUAGUAAGGGUAGACGUAGAUAAGUCCAUAGUAGUAUUGUUAUAGAUAGGAUUACGGGCACGUACCCGAGCAGUCUGGUACUAGUACCACCAAGUUUUCAGACGGUACAUUCUGUGUAUAGGUGAAGAGCCGAUUGGAUCUUCCUUGGUGCUUGUGUCUCGCCGUGCCGUCAGUACGUGCCUGGCAGUGGUACGAGAAGUGCCUAGGAAGUUAGAUCCUGCAAACAUGCUUAUGCCUGGGUACUGAUUUAACACGGUGCCUCGAACCACGCUGGUUGUUAGGGGCGCAGGGGCACCUUGCUUGGGGGUACCCGACUCCCACUCAUAGUGUAGUGUUCCUCACCUAUCAUAAAGCUUGUCCGUAUAAACUUGUCCAUAUAUAGGUGUCAGGUCAUUGAAUCCUGUGCCUGAAAUACUGGCUCGUUACCUUUAAUAGGAAUAAGGUGAUUUGAGCGUCACUGUAAGGGCCCUAACUACCAAGCUACAAAUAAAAUUAAAAGUAAGACAUUUUUUAAAACGGUUAAUGUAAAUAGUUUUAUUGCUUUUAAAAGUUGUCAUUUUGCACCAUGACUUCGCAACAUUUCAAAAGGACAAUUCCUUCAUCUACGAAGAAACUGUACAUAUGUAGAGGAAUAUAUGGUCCGAUCCAAUUAUCUAAAGGACAAGUUAAAAAAAAAAAAAAAAGUGUUAUAAAAAACUAACUUUAAACCACAUUUGCCAAUCUGUAGAAAAUAAAGGAAGGAAUGAAUGCAAUAUAAAAAUAAAGGGGAAAGACCAGAAACAAAAGAAAGGAAACCAAUCCCACCUUUUUUAAAUUUUAGUUCUAGACAUAAGCAUUUAUGCAAGAUUAUAAAAAAGAAUUUGCAUCGUAAUCCUUUAUUGCAAUUAGCACAGUCCUCUAGGGUAUAAAACAUGCGCAGUCUUUUGUUUUUAACUCCAGGCUCUUUAUUUGGAACUCCACACAGAAGGCAGCAUCAAAACAAAAGAAACAAUAAUAUAACUGAAUUCCUUGCAAAUUAAAUCCUAGCUCGUCUGAGCACUUACUGACAUUUAAGUCCCUAUCUAUCAAGGGUUUAACGUAACAAAACACAGGUUCCACAACCUUGUUUUCUGUCUCUUUUCUGCACUCCAGUGCUCAGUCAUCUUGACUGCUAUACUAGCUCUCCAGUGCUCCGUCACCUUGACUGCUAUACUAUCUGCUUUCCAGUGCUCGGUCACCUUGACUGCUAUACUAUCUGCUCUCCAGUGCUCAGUUACCUUGACUGCUAUACUUUCUGCACUCCAGUGCUCAGUCACCUUGACUACUAUACUAUCUGCUCUCCAGUGCUCAGUCACCUUGACUGCUAUACUAUCUGCUUCCAGUGCUCAGUCACCUUGACUGCUAUACUAUCUGCUCUCCAGUGCUCAGUCACCUUGACUGCUAUACUAUCUGCUCUCCAGUGCUCAGUUACCUUGACUGCUAUACUUUCUGCACUCCAGUGCUCAGUCACCUUGCUAUACUAUCUGCUCUCCAGUGCUCAGUCACCUUGACUGCUAUACUAUCUGCUUUCCAGUGCUCAGUUACCUUGACUGCUAUACUAUCUGCUCUCCAGUGCUCUACCUUGACUGUGCACUCCAGUGCUCAGUCACCUUGACUACUAUACUAUCUGCUCUCCAGUGCUCAGUCACCUUGACUGCUAUACUAUCUGCUCUCCAGUGCUCAGUCACCUUGACUGCUAUACUAUCUGCUCUCCAGUGCUCAGUCACCUUGACUGCUAUACUAUCUGCUCUCCAGUGCUUAGUUACCUUGACUGCUAUACUAUCUGCUCUCCAGUGCUCAGUCACCUUGACUGCUAUACUAUCUGCUCUCCAGUGCUCAGUCACCUUGACUGCUAUACUUCUGCACUCCAGUGCUCGGUCACCUUGACUGCUAUACUAUCUGCUCUCCAGUGCUCGGUCACCUUGACUGCUAUACUAUCUGCUCUCCAGUGCUCUCCAGUGCUCAGUCACCUUGACUGCUAUACUAUCUGCUCUCCAGUGCUCAGUCACCUUGACUGCUAUACUAUCUGCUCUCCAGUGCUCAGUCACCUUGACUGCUAUACUAUCUGCUCUCCAGUGCUCAGUCACCUUGACUGCUAUACUAUCUGCUCUCCAGUGCUCAGUCACCUUGACUGCUAUACUAUCUGCUCUCCAGUGCUCAGUCACCUUGACUGCUAUACUAUCUGCUCUCCAGUGCUCAGUCACCUUGACUGCUAUACUAUCUGCUCUCCAGUGCUCAGUCACCUUGACUGCUAUACUUCUGCACUCCAGUGCUCCAAACCAGCCUACUGCUUCCAACCUCCAAAGGAGAAACCACAAAUCUCCCUUACCUGCCUAGCUUGUGUGCUUACUCUGUGUGGAAUAAAGUUGGAUUUUUGCCUGUGAGAGCAUUUGGGGCUUUCAUUACAAGAAUACCAGAAUGGAGAUGGUCUAACCUUGACAGAGGAGUAUCCACAUCAAGCACUUACGUCUGAGUCACUGUUUGAUUGACUCAGCGGUAUGUGAUUGUAUUUAACACAGUAUAUAUAUUUUCUCUUUUUAACUUUGAUAUACUACACCAAGGAUAGGCAACCUUCGGCACUCCAGAUGUUGUGGACUACAUUCCCCAUAAUGCUCUUACACCCAUAAUGCUGGCAAAGCAUCUUGGGAGGUGUAGUCAAAAACAUUUGCAAUGCCGAAGGUUGCCCAUGCCUGUACUACACCAUGUAUUUUUAAUUUGUGUUUUAUAGAUUCUGCUUUAUAAGGAACUAUACUGGUGCACAGUAUAGUGAAUAGUGUGAGUGGAGUGGACGGGAACAUGACAGAUUGUUAUAUUCCAACUCCCUGUCUAUACAUUGUCCAUUGGAUCCUCAAUGGAGGGUCCUCUCCGCAGCGCACCUCCCAUAAUUAGUAUGGUGCUUGGCCAUGCUACAUUAGGGGUUUAGGAAGGCCACUGUGAAUCUGUGGGUGGGUGUGCCUAUGUGUGAGUGUGUAUCGGAGUGAUUAGCCAUGUGUUUGAGUUUGGGAAUAUAGGUCUUUGUGACUGUGUGGAUAUCAGGGAGAGGGGGAUCAAUGGCCCUCAUGUGAGAUGACAACAUGGUCAGUGGCCCCCAGAUAGAUUUAGUUUUAGAUCCCAGCUUUAAUGCUACCGAUGCAUUCUACUCUCUGCAACUCACCAAAUAAUUUUCCAAUUAUAAUUGCAUUGCUUGCCUCGGCUGCUGAUACCUUGAACAGCAACUGCUAUAAUUGUACUCUGAUCCUUGGCAACUGCUGGACAAACCAUUCACUAAUGCAACCAUUGUGACCAUAUGACCAUAAAACUAACACUAAUGCUGAGGACUCUAUGAAAGUCCUUUUGAAAGUCACUAAGUGCAAUUCUACUGCCAAUGUAUGUACAUUGAGAUUGUAUGCACCUCUUAGCAAUGGAUUGGGUUGAAAUGGCCAAAUUAAGUACUUCAAAAUAGAAUUUCAUAUACACUUGACCAUGUACAGCAGUGACAAAUGUUUUCCUACACCACCUAUUUUACUUUGAUUUUUGAAAUUAAUAAAAGAGAAUGGAAUAUAAAUGUCAAGCAUCUUGUUCAAUGUUAAAAAAAAAAAGUAAUUCUUUUUUUUUUCUCCAUCUUACAGGCAAGAUGAUGACACCCUGAGUUCUUUUGAUCCUGCAACACCUCAACCCAAUGACACCAGUGCUAUCAUGGAUGGUAAUUUACUUCAAGAGAAUUUAACACUUCUCUAACUCUAUUAACCCAUGCAUCACACCUACAAUAGCCAAUAACGCAUACUUUCCCCUAACACUCAUUUAAAGGGCAGCUGUCAAGCACCAAACAACUUGUGCUAAUUCAAUUGAGCAUAACAUUUGAUCUAUAUGUUUUGCUAGCAGUUUUGCUAGCAAGUGUUUAGUUUAGGAGAAAAACCCAUUUAAAAAUAGGAUUUUCUCUUAGCUGUCAGUCGGCGUGCCGAGGCAUUGACUGACAAAGGAGAGCAGAAAAAAAACUCCCAUAGGGGUUGCCUCUGCUCUCCUCCAAUAGCAACUACAGCGCUUGUGAGUAUAUCUUUAUAUUUUACAUUGAAUAUACCAUGUAUUUCUUUUUUCAAUUUGACAAUUUUUAUUUUGACAUAUUUCAAAACAAUAUAAGGGGGGUACAGAAAUACAAAAAGGGGGGGGGGGGCACAAACGGUAGUGCUUACAUUUACCCGUCUCCACAUUUAGUAUUGUUAACAUUUUGCAAUUUUUUCAUUCAAGAAACUUUUAUCGAAUUUUGUCUAAGAAAUGUCAUCUACUUAGGUGUAAAACCUAAAGCGUGAAACUGUUGGGUAGGGAGGGGGUUACAGAAAGGAAGGGGAAGGGGGGUGGGAGGGGGUCCAUAUCAUACCUUUACCUCAAGGUUUACAGUCACAUUUAUUAGGAUUCAUUAGUUGUGUCUCGUGCCUAUGUACACCCUGUGUCUUCCUACAAUUUUCAGGUUUUGUCUACUCUUACGGUACUGUUCCUGUCCUGUUACUUCUCGCUCGGUUGUCUAUCUUUGUCCAGCGGUUGCCUUUUGGGGCUCAUUAUGUCUAGUGGCGUGGUUGUCGGGGGUCUCUCGUCCCAUAACCUCCAUGCUUCCAUGGCCGUGUCUGUCAUGGGGAGAACCCCUCUAUAGCGGGAUUCGUAUAAUUGUUGUGUGUCAACGUCCCUGCACACCUCCGCUACUCGUGGGGGUCUACGUUUUUUCCAUAAUCUGGCUAUUGCUCUCUUGGCUGUCAAGAGGAUGUGGAAGGCUAGUUUCUGCACCUCUUUAGGUGUGUUUUCUGGCAUGUGUAGCAGAAGGUAUGCUAGGGGUGUGUAUGGGAGCUUGACGUGUGUAGUUUCUCGGAUCAGGCAGCCAAUGUCGUGCCAGAAGCUAGCUAUUUGGUCGCAUUGCCACCAGAUGUGGAGUACUGUUCCCUCCUCUUUCCCACAUCUCCAGCACGCUGGGGACGAGCCCGGGUAUAGCUUGUGUAACCGAGUUGGUACCAUGUACCACCUAUAUAGGGUUUUCCUGUACUGUUCCAGGAGGGUCUCUGACUUGAUUAGUUUUGUGGUUGCUACUAUGGCACGUUCCCAGUGGUCUUUACUUAUGUGGCCUCGUAGGUCUUGUACCCAUUGCUUGGCCGGGUUAGAGUCUACAAAAUGUUGUGCGGGUCGGAGAAGCUGGUAACACCAGGAUAGCGGUUUAAACGCUGGUGUCCAUGCACCUUUGGUGGUCUUUUUUUCCCAUGCUGUCAUACUGGAGGGACUUUCAUCUGCGGUGGGAGUUUUAUCUGUAUGUUUAUGGAGAAACGAUCGUAGUUGCAUGUGGGAGAAUUGAGAAGCCGCUGGUAUAUGGUAUUCUUCCUGUAGGGUUGGGAAGGGUUUGAGCUUGUUGUGUGUGAGCAUUUGGUGCAGGUGCGUGACCCCGUUGGUUAUCCACGGCUUGGCAUUAAAGGUUGGGAUACAGUAUGUGAUAGUGUUAAGCGGGGUGGCUGGAGAUAAUGCAGUAUGGGUUAUUAGUUUAUGUCUAAACUUGUCCCAAACCCUUAAUGCUGUUUUAAUCUGUGCUGGCAGCUGUGACACUGCUGGCCUGAACUUAGUUGGGAGCCACAUUAAGGUGGGUAUGUCAAAAGGCUUAAUAGCUAUUUUUUCUAGUUGCACCCACUGCGGUGCAAUCGUGUUUGUGAAGUGGGGAAGGAGUGCUGCUAGUGUAGCUGCUUGGUAAUAUGACUUAAUGUCUGGCAAGGCGAGGCCUCCCUGUCUUGCCGGUGCUCGUAGUAGUGUGUCCUGUACCCGGGCCUUUUGGCCCCCCCCACACGAACCUGUUAAUGUCUUUCUGUGUUUCUCUGAGGUAAGAUGCGGGUACCUGUAUCGGUAAAUUGCGAAAUAGGUAUUGGAGCCUAGGGAUUAUGGACAUUUUGAUGGUUGCUAUUCUCUCGGUCCAGGUCAGAAACAGUGUGCCCCAUUUUUUCAUUAGUUGGCGACAUUCCCCCCAUACCCUAACAUAAGUAGACAAAAGUGUUUCUGUGGGUUUUUUGUGAAGGUUAGUCCUAGGUAUUUUAUGGUCUGUUCUCCAUUCAAAAAGGUGGGCCUCCUUGAGGGCAGUCAGGGUUUUUUGGCUAAGCCGUAUUCCCAGCGCCUGUGUCUUGUUGGCAUUGAGAGAGUAAUAUGACAUCGUGCCAUAUUCCCUGAUGAGGUCUAGAAUGAGUGGGGUCGACUGUUCAGGUUCGGUAACACAGAGAAGGAUGUCGUCUGUGAAUGCGCUAAUUUUGAUGUCUCUACCAUAUAGGUCUAUUCCUUUAAUACCCUUCUGGUUCCUGAUUUGGAUCAGAAGUGGUUCUAGGGCCAGGACAUACAAUAGUGGUGAUAGAGGGCAUCCCUGUCGUGUACCAUUCGUCAGAGGGAACGGAUCCGAGAGGAAGCCGGCUUGCAGCACCCGGGCCGUGGGACCUGUGUAUAGGGCGAAGAUCUGUUUGAUAAAUUCGGUGGGGAUGUCAUAUUGUAGAAGUGUGCAUUCAAGAAAUGACCAGUUUAGACGGUCAAACGCCUUUUCGGCAUCUAGGGCUAGUAGAAGCCUGCCCUGCCCUGAUCCCCUCAGCUUAUCUAGCACCAAGGAGAGCUUUCUAGUAUUGUCUCUGCCCUGCCUGCUCUUAAUGAAUCCGGUUUGGUCAUCUCCUAUGAUAGUUGGAAGGAUAUGUGCCAGUCUACUGGCUAAGAUCUUAGCGUAUAUCUUUGCAUCGGUGUUGAGAAGGGAGAUAGGUCGAAAGUUUUUGCAGUUGUCUGUAGGUUUAUCUGGUUUCGGGAGUGUUACUAUCGUGGCCACUAGCAUUUCGGGUGGGAGGGAUCCUGUUUCCGCUGCCGUGCGGUAUACUUUUAGCAGGUGAGGUGCUAGUGUAUCUAAGAACGUUUUAUAAUAAGCGUUCGAGAAGCCAUCUGCGCCCGGGGAUUUGCCCGGGGCAGAGUCUUAAUUACCCCCCGGAUCUCCUGUAUGGUGAUCGGUUCAAGCAGGGCGUUCACUGAGUUUCAAUCUAUUUUGGGGAGUUCUAUAUCUCGUAAGUAUCUACGAAUAGAGUGCGUUUCCGGGGCUUUUGCGCCCCCGCUUGAAUCUAGGUUGUAUAGCUGUUUGUAGAAGUGUGCAAAUUCCUGCACUAUGUCCGCGGGGUUCAUGAGCUUGUCUCCUGUGUGCCCUAUGAGAUAUGGGAUUCUAUUGGCGGCCUGUUUGGUUCUUAGUCUAUUGGCCAGGUAUUUGGAUGCCUUGCCACUGUGGUGGUAUGUGGUGGCCCUCAGUCUGUGUAGGCAGUAUUGGGUCUUUUGGGCGUUGAGUUCCGUGAGGUCUUGGUAUAAGUCUCUUAUUUGCUAAGGCCGCCGUGGGCGUCUUUUUAUUCUGUGCUGUGGUUAUCGCUAUUUGUUUGUGGUAGUCUAGGAGGGUGGUUUGGUGGCGUUUCUUUAUGUACGCUGCUUGUCUUAUGAACUGGCCCCUCAUCACCGCUUUAUGUGCAGACCAUACUGUGCAGUCUGAGACCUCUCCUGUUGAGUUUGCCAGGAAAUAUUCGCUGAGUUCUACCCUCAUACGUUCUACGAAUGGUUUGUCUAGGAGGAGAGACUCGUUUAGUCUCCAUGUGCCCCUGCCUCGGGGUUGGUAUGUGUCCGCUAGGUCAAGAUAGAUCGGGCUAUGAUCUAACCACGUUAACUCUCCUAUUUUACAGUUUGUCAAUUGUGGUAGGGUCUUGUUGUCUAAGAAGAAUGUGUCUAUACGUGUGUAGGUGUUGUGAACCCUGGAGUAGAAAGUGUAAUCCCGGUCUGUAGGGUGUAACGUCCUCCAGGUGUCAUAUAAGUUGUACAGGGUCAAUGUGUUGGUGAGGGUUUUGAAGAGGGCUUGAGUCCCUUUUUUAUGUUUUCCCUGCGGCGAGGCGGUGGUAUCAAGGGUCGGGGACUGGAUGAAGUUGAAGUCUCCUCCUAAUAUGAGCCCCCCUUGUUUAUAUGUAUCCAGUUUGGACAGGAGUGAUUUGAGGAAAGAGAUUUGGUUGUCGUUCGGGAAGUAUGCUGCGCCUAUGGUGUAUUGUAUAUUGUUGAAGAGCCCUACCACUAUGAUGUAUCUCCCUUUAGGGUCUAUGUGGCUGCUUUGCAGAGUAAAGGCGACGUCCUUAUGUAUUAAGAUGGAAACCCCUUUUGUCUUUGCGUCUGAUAGGGCAUGAUACUGUAUAGGCUAUAGUUUUGUAAAGAGUGAUGGGGCUAUGGGGUGCCUAAAGUGCGUUUCUUGAAUGCAAGCUAUGUCUUCCGCGUUUUUCUUGAGGUCGUGUAAGAGCAAUCUGCGUUUUCCAAGGGAAUUUAGCACUUUAACGUUGUAUGACACUAUUCUCAUUUUGGUGAGAUUUUGUCAGGUAAUAUUAGUGUUAAUAUCCGUGUAAGUAGGAUUACACCCUCUUUCUCGUAGGCAGUAUUUCUGUAUGUGCUGUUGUGUGACAGUUCAGUGCGGAUGUCUAUUACAAGAGGAGAUAUGGAGGCAGGAGGGGGACGGGGUAAGGUCAACCUUGACUGUUGGCCUUGUGUAGUGCACCUGGUAAUUGAGGGAGAGGGGGGGGGAGGAGGGCAAAGCCCUAUGAGGCUCCUCUGGGUCGUGCCGUUUGCGGCGCCCAAGGGACGCCCGCAGUUUAGGGGGUUGGUGAUAUUGGGACUUCCUGUUAAGGUGUAUGUCCCUUCAGCCCGCACACCCACACACACUGGGGCACAAUGGGUGCUGAUGCGGUUAACUUGUGUUACUUUUUUUUUUUUUUCUCCUCCUCUUCUUUAACAACCUGUGGGUCUCCGGUGUCCUGACUCCCCAACCCGUGGUGAUUGGGCAGUGUGAUGGUCUAACCGAGAGUAUGUCUCGUUGUGUGCCUGUCGGGUCUGAGUGGGAGGAGGUCGGGGGGCCCUGGUGUUUACCCAUGCGUGUCUCAGGUGAAACAAUAGGUUAGGAAAGUAGAAAAUUACAUAACAAUAAGUAUAACAACAUAACUGGUAACUUGAUUAUGCGUCUUACGUAUACCGCUCAGGUAUGGAGUUCCUUUAACGGGAUGCCCAGUCCUGGGCCAGGCGGGGAGUUUUCGUCAGGCCUGUGUUUGGCAACUUGGCCAGUGGAAUACCCCAGUCUCUAAGCAGCUUUAUGCCUUGCGGCGCUGACGUGAUGGAGUGGAGGGAAUCUUGGUGGUAUAUUAGCAGCUUAGCCGGAUAUCCCCACCUGUAGUUUAGUCCCUGGUUUCGCAGCGACAAUGUGAUUUGUGCCACGGAUUUGCGGUAUUGUAGGGUCUCCGCCGAGAGGUCGGAAAAGAUUUUUAUGUUAGCGAAUUUCUCUGGCAUUCCUCUGUUUCUGCUUGCCUUGAUAAUUCUUUCUUUGGGAUGAAAGAAGUGUACUCUUGCUAUGACGUCUCUCGCAGCCGUGUUGGGUAGGUGGCUGGGUCUUCUGAGUCGAUGCGCUCUGUCUAGCAGCAGUUGGUCUGGGUGUAGUUCGGGGGUCAUCUGCUGGAACAUGUCUUGUAGAUAUUUUUCCAAGUCAGCAUUCGUUACUGAUUCUGGUAUUCCCCUAAAUCUGAGGUUAUUCCUCCUGGAUCUGUCUUCCAGGUCUGCUAGUUUGAGUUUUUGAGCUGUAAUGACGUCUUCCAAUUCUUGGACUUUAUCCGCCACACUAUUAUGGGCCAUGGAGAAGUCGUCCAUCUUGGACUCUAGGUGUGCAGUGCGGUUUCCUAUGUCCUGUAUGUCUUUUCUAAUUUCAGCCGUCAAUACCAGCAUUUGGGCCUUAAGGCUUGUACAGUGCUUGUGAGCUCAGCCAUCAUGCUCCUCAUAGUGGCCACUGUGAGGGGCUGUUCCUCAGCGCUUAUGUCUGGGGAGGCUGGGGACGUCGGAGAGCCCUCCCGCGAUCUCUGUGGGCCGCCAUCUUGUUCGGCCUCUUCCCGCGCUUUUUGCGACGCGGCUUUUGCCAUAAAUAAGGCCGCUUUGUCUGCCUUCGUGGGCUUGGUUUUCAGCCUCUGGGACAUGGUAGGUGUUUGUUGUGGUACUUGCUUUUUUCUGGCGCUCGGUAGUCCGCUUAGUUAGUGCCCCGUGUGGUCCGAGCGGCGGGAGCUACUCCGGCAUGCGACCGUGCAGCUCGAGCGUCAAGCCACGCCCCCAUACCAUGUAUUUUUACAAUAUAUGGGUAAUUCAAUGUAUAUGGAAACGAUUUACAGUAAGUCAUUUUUUCCAUGACAAGUUUUCAUUAAUAUCAUACCCUUUACCUCAAGUUCAGCCCUAACAUCAUAGCCUAAAAAAAAAUAAUGUAAUAUAAAAUGUCCAGAACAGCAAAGUAUGUUCUAGGGCAAAACCCAUCUUAGGGUUUUGUAGACAUUUUAUAAACCAAAUAUAUAAAACAUUUUUUUAUGUUCUUUUAUUGCUUUAGUUUGCUGGACACCCCCAUUUAAGACAUGAAAUAAAUAAAUGCCAGUAAAUGUUUCUGUAAUAGUGCACCACUGUAGUCUCAUUCUCCUCCAAUGAGAUUAGAAAGCUUGUGGUCUCUGUCCAAUCGGAUACUUUUCAAUUAUUGGAUCUGUUUUAGUCUGUCACUAAGCUCUGCAAAACGUAUACUGUUUUUAUUUCCAAGACUGCAGGAACACUAUCUGUGCCCCAAAAUCACUUCAUUGAGGUAAAAUGAUUUGAGGCGUAGACUAUCCUGUUAAGUUGAAGUUACUGGCCGUUUGCUUAAAAAUAUGUUGAAACCCAUAUCCACCUUCACGUGUUUACAAAUGUACCAUACAAUUUAUUUUGAUCCUCAUCUGAUCCCAUCAACUUUCAAACUAGACUCUUAUUCUGAAUGUAUGUAAGCAUUAGGAUUGGCUAAGUUAUCUAAGCUGUACUGUAAAUAGUUAAAGGUGAACGCGCACACAAUAAAGGAGUUUUUACCUUAUAUGUACAUUACACUUGAUAGAAAUGAUGUAAAUAGUUCCUGUACAAGGAGAAAAAUAAAACACAACAUAGUGUAAUCUGUAUAAAUAUUUUGUGAGAAGAGGUCAAAACUUGAAACACUCACAAUUUUCUGAGCCGAUUAGUUGGCCCUGAAUGUAUAGAGCAUAUAUGUCUCCUUUAUGGACGUAGGCAGAUUUUCUCCAUUAGUUGGGUCCCACAGGAAGUGUUUCGAGUUUUGACCUCUUCUCCCAAAAUAUUUAUACAGAUUACACUAUGUUGAGUUUUAUUUUUAUCCUUAUAUACGAACUAUUCACAUCAUUUCUAUAAAGUGUAAUGUACAUAUAAGGUAAAAACUCCUUUAUUGUGUGCGCUUUCACCUUUUAAUUUUAACACUAUAUUCUUUCUUUUAAGCAUGUUAAGUGACAGUAUACUUAAAAACAUAGAAAUAUAGAAUAUGACGGCAGAGAACCAUUCGGCCCAUCUAGUCUGCCCAAUUUUCUAAAUCCUUUCAUUAGUCCCUGGCCUUAUCUUAUAGUUAGGAUAGCCUUAUGCAUGCUUAAACUCCUUUACUGCGUUAACCUCUACCACUUCAGCUGGAAGGCUAUUCCAUGCAUCCACUAUCCUCUCAGUAAAGUAAUACUUCCUGAUAUUAUUUUUAAACCUUUGCCCCUAUAAUUGUGGUAGUCUUCUUCUUUUAAAUAUAGUCUCCUCCUUUACUGUAUUGAUUCCCUUUAUGUAUUUAAAUGUUUCUAUCAUAUCCCCCACUGUCUCGUCUUUUCUCCAAGUUAUACGUGUUAAGUUUCUUUAACCUUUCCUUGUAAGUUUUAUCCUGCAAUCCAUGAACCAGUUUAGUAGCCCUUCUCUGAACGCUCUCUAAGGUAUCAAUAUCCUUCUGGAGAUACAGUCUCCAGAACUGCGUACAAUACUCCAAGUGAGGUCUCACCAGUGUUCUGUGGCAUGAGCCCUUCCCUCUUUUUACUGCUAAUACCUCUCCCUAUACAACCAAGCAUUAUGCUAGCAUUUCCUGCUGCUCUAUUGCAUUGUCUGCCUACCUUUAAAUCAUCUAAUAUAAUUACCCCUAAAUCCCUUUCCUCAGAUGUUGAGGUUAGGACUCUAUCAAAUAUACUGUACUCUGCCCUUGGGUUUUUACGCCCAAGAUGCAUUAUCUUGCACUUAUCCGUAUUAAGUGUCAGUAGCCACAACCUGACCAUUUUUCUAGUUUACCUAAAUCAUUUGCCAUUUGGGUUAUCCCUCCUGGAACAUCAACCCUGUUACAUAGCUUAGCAUGAUCAGCAAAAAUACAUACCUUACCAUCAAGACCUUCUGCAAUAUCACUAAUAAAAAUAUUAAAGAGAAUGGGUCCAAGUACAGAUCCCUGAAGUACCCCACUGGUGACAAGUCCAAGCUUCGAAUAUAUUCCAUUAACUACAACCCUCUGUUGCCUGUCACUCAGCCACUGCCUUACCCAUUCAACAAUAUUGGAAUCCAGACUUAAAGAUUGCAGUUUAUUGCUCAGCCUUCUAUGUGCAACAGUGUCAAAAGCCUUAUUGAAAUCUAGGUAAGCAAUGUCUACUGUACCACCCUGAUCUAUUAUUUUAGUUACCCAAUCAAAAAAAAUCAGUAAUAUUAGUUUGGCAUGAUCUCCCUGAAGUAAACCCAUGUUGUCUCUGAUCUUGAAAUCCAUGUGUUUUUAGAUGUUCAACAAUCCGAUCCUUUAACAUGGUUUCCAUCACUUUCCCCACUGCUGAAGUAAGGCUUACUGACCUAUAGUUGCCUGACUCCUCCCUACUACCUUUCUUGUGAAUGGGUACAACAUUUGCUAAUUUCCAAUCUUCUGUGACUACUCCUGUUAACAAUGAUUGGUUAAAUAAAUCCGUUAAUGGUUUUGCUAGUACACCACUAAGCUCUUUUAAUAACUUUGGAUGUAUUCCAUCAGGUCCCAUUGACUUAUUUGUGUUUACUUUUGACAGUUGAAAUAGAACAUCUUCUUCUGUAAACUCACGUGUAAUAAAUGACUCAUUUGUCCUUUUUCCUAAAUGAGGCCCAUUUCCUUCAUUUUCAUCUGAAAAUACUGAAGAAAAAUAUUCAUUGAGGCAGUCAGCUAGACCUUUAUCCUCUUCUACAUACCUUCCUUCUUUUGUUUUUAAUCUUACUAAUCUUUUUUUUACUUUCCUUUUCUCAUUUAUGUAUCUAAAAAACAUUUUGUCCCCCUUUUUUUUUUUUUUUACUGACUGUGCUAUAUUUUCUUCUGUCUGAUUUGGAAGCUCUUAUAACUUGCUUAGCUUCUUUCUGCCUAAUCUUAUAGAUCAUUUUGUCUUCCUCACUCUGGGUUUUUUAUAAUUACUAAAUGCUAACUUUUUUUUUUUUUUUUACUAUUUUGGCCACAUCUGCAGAGUACCACAGUGGUUUCUUGAAUUUUUUGCUUUUACUGACAAGCCUAAUGCAGUUUUCUGUUGCCCUCAGCAGUGCAACUUUUAAAUAAUCCCAUUUCUCUUGGACUCCAUUUAAUUUGCUCCAGUCUGAUAAUGACUCCUUUACACAUAUUCUAAUUUCAGAAAAGUCUGUUUUUCUAAAGUCUAAAACUUUUUUGUUUUUGGUGUGGUGUGAUUGCUCUUAUAUUAAACCACACUGACUGAUGAUCACUGGAUCCUAAACUUUCACCUACAGUAAUAUCUGAUACCAAAUCUCCAUUUGUCAACACUAAAUCUAGUAUGGCCUCCUAAUGAGUUGGCUCCUCAAUGACUUGUUUUAGAGACAAUCCCAGUAGAGAGUUUAGAAUAAGUUUGCCCCUGGCACAAGCAGCUAUUUUGGUUUUCCAGUUCACAUCAGGAAGAUUAAAGUCACCCAUGAUGAUAACUCCCCCCUUCAUUAUCAUUUUAGUUAUUUUCCCAACUAGUAGAUUAUCUAACUCUUCUAUUUUUCCUGGGGGCCUAUAAAUCACACCUACACGAGUUACUGUGUGAUUACCAAAUUCUAACAUAACCCAAACGGACUAUAUGUUUGCCUUACUUACUUUUAUUAGGCUAGAUUUUAUGCUAUCCUUCACAUACAGGGCCACCCCUCCCUCUUUCUUGCCUUCCCUGUCUUUUCUAUAUAAAGAGUACCCUGGUAUUGCUAUGUCCCAGUCAUUUUUCUCAUUACACCAUGUCUCAGUAACAGCAACUAAAUCUACGUAUCAGUUGCCAUUAUUGCCACAAGUUCAUGGAUCUUAUUCCCUAAACUGCAAGCAUUUGUAGACCUGAUUCAAAGCUUAUCAUUAUUUAACACACUUGCUACAGGCACCUUCUGUCCUUGUUUUGGGGACUAUUGGAUUGAUGUGUUAUCACCCUUCUCUCCCCCCUCUGUUUGUUCCCUUUUGAGAAAGAUGCAAACCGUCUUUUUUGUACAGUUUAUUUCCAUUUCAAACAGAGCUGCCAUGAGAAACUAAGCCAAAUCCUUGCUCCCGACACCAUUCACCAAGCCAAAAGUUAAAGUCCCUAAUACGCAUCCGCUCGUUGUUCUGAGUGUUAAGCCUAUAUAUCAUUGGCAAAAACACUAAAAACUUUCUUUACCUCUGAAACCUCAUUGCAAGCCAAGUCAUUUGUCCCUAGAUGGACAAGUGCAUCCAAUUCCCAUUCCUGCUUUGCUCGCUUAACAAUAUUACAAAUACGUCUCCUGUUUCUGUGAGCAGUAGUUCCGGGAAGACAUCUCACAAGACCACUAUUGUCCUGCUCCACAACUCUUAUGAUAGAAUCCCCCAACAACUGCUUUCUAUUAGGCCUCACCACAAUCUGCAAGCCUGUCUCCAUAAUACCACUAUACUUGGGUGAUUUAGCAGCACCACACUUGUAUAUUCCUAAGCGCCACCUACAUAUUCUCUGCUACCAUAUCUAAGCUGUACUGCCUGUGAAGUUUUUUUGUUUUUUUUACAUAUGUACUGUUGUGUGCAUUGUGUGUAGAAUAAAUAUAUUCUAAGUGUUUAUAUAAGUAUAUUUUUUUAUGAAAAACGUCAGAUUUUAUAUUAAUAUUUUUUGGUGAUGUAGAUGAACAUUAACAUCACGGUGAGCUAAGUAUGUACAUAAAAUGGCAUAUUUUAAUUACCCUUACCAUAUACAUAUUUAUUACACAUGCAUUAAAAGUAUCAGCAAGGUGAAAUUCCGUCUGGCACAAAAGAGCCCUAAGUAUGAUUAGAUACCUGAGGGUCACCGGAGGACACAGUUAGCACUUUAGUAUGUUGCACAUAGCUCUUUAAAUUAGCAGUAAUUCUGAGCUAGCCCCCAACUUAAAACAGGGAGUCUUGGGUAUCUUUUGAUACCCAAGGGUCCCCUAUGUCAUCUAAGGCCACAAUUAGAGGCCCUAGGCUGACAGGUGAGCUAUGUGCAAUGCUCAAGAGACCUGCACAUAUCCCUAUAAACCCUAUUAAAUCACUUUGACUUGGUCAUAGCACUCAGCCAUGCUGAUUCUGAGUCUGCCCUCAUAAUAAGGGUGAACCCCAGGUUCUCAAAAGACCCUGGUGAGAUCUCCCUGUCUGCCCAGAGAUUAGUGCUGGGCUUUGCCAGCUGUCCAGCACCAAUAACAGUUUCAGGGACUGCAGCAUGUUAGGGAGAUCUCACUCUAAUGCUGAAGUCACAGUAUAGAGUGUUCACAGAGCUAGGAAAUUCCUCUGCUAAUUUCAAGGAGUAUUAGGGGUAGGAUUAGUGGCUGGACUAGGGGAAAGGUAAUUGUGUGGGAUAUAAUUGUACUCAAGAAGAUUACCAGAAUACAAAUAUGAGGCAUUGACAAUAGAAGGACUCUGUGCUCUGUAAAUUACUCAAAAUCAAACACUUGUGAAAGACACAGAAAAUUUAAUAUUUUGACCAAAGUGCAUCAUAAAAGGGUUAAAUGAAAAGUGUCAAAAGGCUCUGAGGGAUGUACUUUCUACAAAUAUAUUAUUUUAGAAAGUGACAAAUAUCUGUGUGACUAAAAAAAGCAUUAGUGACGUAAUUAGAAAUAACGUUAAAAAAAUUAAAGAGCUGCUACCACUACGCGUGGGUGCUUCACAAAACACCACACCCCAAACUAAGUGGAAAACAAGUAAAUGGAAAAAAUGUAGGUUAUAAGCCAAAAAAGAAACACACAAAUGUAGUGCAAGAUAAAAAAAAAAUCCUAUUAGAGUUCAGUGUGUUUAAAGGGACACUGUAGGCACCCAGACCACUUCUGCUCAUUGGAGUGGUCUGGGUGCCAACUCCCACUAACCUUAACCCUGCAAGUGUAAUUAUUAUAGUUUUUUUAUAAAAUGCAAUAAUUACAUUGCAGGGUUAAGUCCUCCCCUAGUGGCUGUCUAGCAGACAGCCACUAGAGGGCACUUCCUGCUCCAUAGCACAGGUUUUCUGUGCUAGAGCGUCACUGGACGUCCUCACGCUGUGUGAGGACCUCCAGCGUCGCUCAAUUUCCCAUAAGAAAGCAUUGAAAAGCAUUUUCAAUGCUUUCCUAUGGAGAGCUGUAAUGCGCGUGCUCGCCCACCGGCUGACGUAAGGAAGAGGAGUGGUGGCGAGCAGAAACCACCGCCGAGGGACAUCGGCGGGGGUCUCAGGUAAGUGACUGAAGGGGUUUUCACCCCUUCAGCAACCGGGGAUGGGGGGUGGGAGAGAGAGGGUACCUGCAGUGCCAGGAAAACUGAUUGUUUUCCUGGCACUGGAGUGUCCCUUUAAGCUUAUACAUUUCCACUCAUAUAAAUAGAGCCUAUUAUGGUUGGUUCUAAGCUCAUAUGCUUCUGCACUUUAAUUGGCACUGCCCCACCUUUCUUCUUUUAUAGAUGCCCCCAGGUAACCAAAAUAGGAAGAUAUUGGAGAAACUGCUGUAGUGUAGUAUGUCGGUUAAUCAUCAUGGAACAAUUUGCAAAUAAUGCACUGCUUACCUUAUGUAGAGUCUAUAGGACUGGUUCUAGACUUCUUUAAUGUUAAGUGCCGGUUGUGGGUGGCACUUAAAGGAACACUAUAUGGUCAGGAACACAAACAUGUAUUUCUGACCCUAUAGUGUUUAACCCACCAUUAAGGUGGCUUGAAACCCCCCUUUAACCUCAUUAAAAGCAAUUAAAACUCCGCCCCUUUAGUGACUUCAGAAUAGCUGAUUUUUAGCCAGUGCUUUCCCAAGCAUUGGAAAGUAUUGGAUUGGCUGAAAACGGCAAGGAGGCGGGGCCAAACACCAUUUUGGCCAAUCAGCACCUCCUAAGAGAUGCAUUGAAUCAAUGCAUCUCUAUGAGGAAAAUUCAGCGUCCCCAUGCAAAGUGUGGAGACAUUGAACGGCACUGCUGCCUACCAUGCAGCACUGACCCAGGAAGCGCCUCCAGUGGCCAUCUGAGGAGUGGCCACUUGGAGGUGUCCCUAGCGGCAAUGUAAGCAGUGCCUUUUCUCUGAAAAAGCAGGGUUUGCAUGAAAAUGCCUGAAAGCAAUGAUUAAACUCACCAGAACAACUACAUUAAGUUGUAGUUUUUCUGGUGACUAUAGUGUCCCUUUAAAGUUCUUGGUGUUCCAAUAUCAGUGGCACAUAAUGCAGAAUUCAACCCACUUUUACAAUAGAACAAAUGUAUUCCAACAAAUAAAAUACAAUAUAAAAACCGUUAAAAAUCUCAAAACACAUUUCACUAGUAUAUUCGGCUUCAUCAGUGGUUUAGUGGUGUUGUCCGUGGGGGUCCAUUUUAAAGCGCCUAGACUUAGAAAGUGCAAUCACACCUCCUUGAUUCCCAUCAAUCGUCUUUGUGUUGGCAAUGUAAUGACAUUCAGUUCAGUACACUGUAUGUUUUAAACCAGUGAAAGCAGCAGGAACAUUACCUUGAUGACGUCUCCCUUUUUACGUUUGCAAUGUUUAUACCAUGUAACUAUGCAACAAGUCUAUAUAGGAAUAACUCUGACAAUAUGUGAUUCUAUUAUGUAUCUACAUAUUUCUCUGUAUGAUUUUUUUUUUGUUUAUUUUUAAUCUUGCAUACAGAACUGGAUCUGACGAGAUGUAUGAUGAAUGAUUCUGACCCUAUGAUGCCUUCUUUACCGCUUGAAAUACUUGAAGAAUUAAAUGUGAUCUAAUCUGUCCUAGCAAAGAACAAUGAUGGUCUACAAGAAUCCAGCCUACAAAUGCCUGAAACUUGUAUACUUUGUACAUCACAUCAUGCUGUGUUUAAAUGUAUUAAUUGAUGUCUAUGUCAUCACUUUUGUUCUAAAUCAGGACUAUCUUGAUGUGAUAUGCAGUGGUUUUUCUUACCUUGCUAGAGAACUUAAUAGUUCUUCAAGUUUUGAAAUACUUGAAGAAUUAAAUGUGAUCUAAUCACUCCUAGCAAAGAACAAUGAUGGUCAGGGCCGGACUGGGAAGAAAAUUCGGCCCGGGCAUUUUUUAAUUACAGCGGCCCACUACAAAGGGGGCGGGGCCAGAUAGGGUGUGUUUUGUCAUCACCAAUGACAAGCAUGCCCCAUCACAAAGUGAGCAUGUUGGUUCAAUGCUCUUCCAGGGUAGACCAUGCGCAGAGCUCUGCUGAAGAGCUCUGGCAUGAGAAAAAGACCCUGUAUUUGUUCUGCACAGCGCAAGCAAAUUCAAUAACAUGCUUGCACUGUGUUUGCUUGAAAUUUGUCUCUGGUGUCUCCAUAGUUGGGAUACCAGGAGACAAAAAAUGCCAGGAAAGCAUAUUGUGCAGUGUAUGAGAGUGUUGUGUGUGUGAGGGGUGCAGUGUGUGUGAGGUGUGUAGUGUGUUAGUGAUGAGUGCUGUGUUUGCGUGAGGGUGCUGUGUUUGCGUGAGGGUGCUGUGUGUGAUUGGGUGCUGUUUGCGUGAGGGUGCCAUGUGCGUAUGAGGAAGCUGUGUGUCAGGGGUGCUGUGUGUGUGUGUGUGUGUGUUGGUGUUGUAAGUGUUAGGGGUGCAGUGUGUGUGCUGUGCAUGUCAGGGGUGCAGUGAGUGUGUGCUGUGCGUGUCAGGGGUGCAGUGUGUGUGAGUGAGGGUGCUGUGAGUGUCAGGGGUACAGUGUGUGUUAGUGUGUGAGUGAGGGUGCUGUGAGUGUCAGGGGUGCAGUGUGUGUGUUAGUGUGUGAGUGAGGGUGCUGUGAGUGUCAGGGGUGCAGUGUGUGUGUGUGUGUCUGAGGGUGUUGAAAGUGUUAGGGGUGCAGUGUGUGUGUGCUGUAAGUGUCAGGGGUGCAGUGUGUGUGAGUGAGGGUGCAUUGAGUGUCAGGGGUGCAGUGUGUGUGUGUGUGCUGUGAGUGUCAGGGGUGCAGUGUGUGUUAGUGUGUGAGUGAGGGUGCUGUGAGUGUCAGGGGUGCAGUGUGUGUGUGCUGUGAGUGUCAGGGAUGCAGUGUGUGUAUGUGAGUGAGGGUGUUGUGAGUGUUAGGGGUGUCUGUGAGGCUGAUGUGAGUUAGGUGAUUAUAUCCCCCUUCCAUGCUUACCUUAUGCCUGGGAGGGGGAUCCUGCUGCUGGGGCUGCCAUCCAUCCCUGGUGGUCUUAGUGGUAAGUGAACUCUAGCCUGUUGCCAUGGCAACGCUCCGGAUCUCGCAAGAGGAACCCGGCGGAGCUGCAAGAUAGAGCUCCGCCAGGGGCCUCUCUCCUGGCUGUCUCCCUCCCUCUCUCCCCGCCGACGGCCGCAGUAUCCUGCAUGUGGGCCGGUGAGGGAGAUAUUUGAUCUCCCCACCGGCCCGCCGUGGACUGCUGCAGGGCUGGCGCUCGGAUAGUGCCGGCCCUGCAAAGACCGGCAGGAGAGAUCCUGGGACGUCCCCUGCAGGCCUCGGCCCAUGGCCACCGCGGCCCACUGGGCAUUUGCUGGUGUGCCCGAUUGCCAGUCCGGGCCUGAUGAUACAAGAAUCCAGCCUACAAAUGCCUGAAACUUGUACACUUUGUACAUCACAUCAUGCUGUGUUUAAAUGUAUUAAUUGAUGUCCCUGUCAUCACUUUUGUUCUAAAUCAGGACUAUCUUGAUGUGAAAUGCAGUGGUUUUUCUGACCUUGCUAGAGAACUUAAUAGUUUUUAUUACAUAAGGCCCAGUACAUUAGUAGCUAUUCUGCAUGAUAGAGCUUUAAUGUAUGAAGCUUUAAUUAUGGAUACUUAUAAAGAGCUUUCAUCUUUAACUGUACCAGCUUACGUAUAACACAACAUUUAUGUAGUAGGCAAGAGAAGAGGAGUGUUGUCUAAAAAUGAGAAGUGGAUGUCAGGAGCAGCUCCAGAGCCCAAACAAAGGAGGGACACUACUGGAUUUUGUGAAAAAUUCUAAAAGGUGGACAUAUAAAUCCACACCAAUUCUUAAGCACAGAUGUGCAUGCAGUGACAAAUACCUACACACGUAGUCAUGCAGCUUCUGCUAUGACACUGAUGCCCUGGUUCCUGUCUGACAUAUAAGUUAAAUGACCCAUGACCUAAUAUUUCAGGGACAGGUAUGAGUCCUAGUGUAUAUUUGUAAGUCAUUGAAAGGAGGCCAAAGAUCAUUUCCUGCCUAUGAAGAUUUUACAUGUAUUAUAAAGCACUAUCGGGUGUAGAAAAGUACUUUAAUUUCCUUUUUGAUUUCCAACCUUGAUAUUUUUUUAUAUCUAAAGCCGAAGACCAACACAUUAUGCCUUAAGGAGACAGUUUAUCACCACUGCAGCUGUAAAAUACAUCUUUGUUUCUCUAAUCUUACCAUUGGCCAAAAUGGUGUUAUGGUGUUGGAAGAAGAUUAUUACGGAGGUUUUAGUAAUACAUUUUUGACGUAGUAAUGUUAAAAAUGGAGGAGGUCAUGGUGCCCAUAACAAGGAGCAUUGUAUUCUAACACAUCACAUACCUAAAGCACUUUAAUUGCUAAUGUGAUUUUGUUCCGAACAGUGUGUCUUUUUUUUCAUUUUACAAAAAGAUUUUAAUAGAAACAUUGGGACAUUUAUAAAUCUUGUAGCACCCCCUGCCCGUCAGUCAGAAAAAUAGUCCUGUUACUUCCUGGUUGUUUUGCACAGUGGAGCUAAAUUCAAGAGGCAGGCAAUGCCUCCAAGCACCUGCCUUGAAAAUACUUCUCGUUCAACUGCAUUGGAAAGUCUGUGAUUGGACAACCUCAGGAAGUCUGGUUGCAAAUGGUGCAGACUACAGAUCUGCAGCUUUUACAAGCAGUUUUUAUAUAUACCCCUCAUUGUAAAAAUGCAUGCGUGUUUUCAUUGGAGGUAUAUCUACUUUUCCCCCCCCAACUGAAUUGUUCCUUAAAUUGCUUGUCCCUGCUUAGUUAUUAAACAAGUUUAGCUCACAUGUACCGUUAUAGACAGUAUAGAAUACAAACUCUUGGCUGAGUAUUAUGGAAAGGUAAUUUCUCAGUGUGUGUGUGUAUGCAUGUAUAUACAGGGAGUGCAGAAUUAUUAGGCAAAUGAGUAUUUUGACCACAUCA